AUGGACCAUAGGAAUACUGCUAUGUUAGGAGUAGGAUCUGAAGCUGAACGGCCUGUGCAAUCCUCCGGUGUAGUGACCAGUAAGAGAGAGACCGCACAAGAGAGCAGUGGCAAGGAGCUGGAGAAACAGAAGACCACCAUUUCUGAAACCACACAAGGCAGCUCUAGUGGAGACGCACAGCAGUUCUUGGUCACAGAAACAAAUUUUUCAGAGGGCAAUUUAAAACUCAAAAUUGGCUUUCAAGCCAAAAGGACAAAAAAACCUCCAAAGAACCUGGAGAAUUAUGUCUGUCGCCCGGCCAUAAAGACAAGUAUAAAACAUACACGUAAAGUUCCAAAGGGUGGGAAGAUGCCGGAGGAAAGGAAUGAACCCAUUGCUUCCAAACAGGUGGGUCAGCAUGUCACUUUAUAAUGUAUGAAUUCAACAUAAAAAGUAAAUCCUUGGUUUAAGUCUUUGAUGGUUAUAGAAAAAAAGGUGGGUUUUUUCUAAGUUUUAGUGGUUUUCCUCCAUACUGCCAAGACAGUCUAAAACAUCUAUAUUCUUUUCUUUAAUGAUGUCUCUUGGUGAUGGAUGUUUUGAUGCUUGCCACACAUAUAAUAAACUGAGUGUUGUAGAAUUCUUCUUUGUUUGCUCUUUUAUAUGUAUUCUUACUUCUUUUCAUAAGCACUUGUUAGCAGUUUUCUACAGUGAUUACAUUAACGUAAAUGUAGGUUGUAAGACUGUACAAUACUUAAAGGGGCACUCAAAGCACUGUAACUCCUACACCCCCUUGUACUGGUUAUGGUGCUAGAAGGCUGCGGGCAGAAUCCUCCUAUUAUCCGGUUUUUAAACAAAAACUAAUUGAAAUAAAACAAGAGUCUCUGAGGAGGCCAUCACUUUAUUCACCAUUCUAAUCUGAAUAUUCUACUUCCUCAUUAUCAAUGACUAUUUUGUACAGAAAUGGCCAAAAUUGAUGUUUAACUUAUGGCUGCAUUAGCAAUUUGGUUAGGGAGUCAAAAUGCUGAAAGACAGGUUGACUCGGAACUACAGACGGCACCCACAGUGUACUAACACUGUAAGCUCUUAAGCUAGUUGUGGUUAUGGUUCUUAGAGUAUUCAUUUAAUUAGACAAACUGGUAGCAAAGGAAGUAGACUAAAAUCUAGCAUUUAGUAUGCUUUCAUGUAAAGUAAGGUAUUAUGUGAUCUUAUAAUCUAAAGGAGAUCGUGGGAAGUGAAACAAAUGGUAUCAGGAAUUACUUCACAUCUGUAACCGUUAAACCUACCAGCAAAUAUUCCUGGUGGAUUGUCUGGCAAGAGCUUCUGCUGACAUUUUCUGAUGAGACCUUAAGGUUUUUCACAGUUGAACUCAUUUUCUCUUACUGGGUUUACACUAAAAUGAGAAUUGCCUGAAAUUCAAAGUGAAUUUCAAAUGUGAGACCAUAGUAUAAAACAGGGCUCGACAAAUUCCAGGUGCCAGGUCGCCAUUGCGACUAGAAAUUUUGCCCUAGCGCCUGGGAUUUAAAGCCCUUUAGCUAAAGGCAACGGAGCCAGCCAUUCGCCCUGAGGAGUGUGGAUGGCCAGCUCAGGGAGUGUGCAGGCAGCCAACCGGCGGAGCAUGCAGACGGCCGCCCUGGGGAGCAUCACUGUGGUCGGCUGGGGCAGCGUGGGAGGGAGCAGUGAUCUUCAAGCAGCUCCCCUCUGCUCCCUCGCGCUGUUUAUUGAUGCUGUGAGCCGGAAUAUGACGUCAUUCAGGCUCCGGAAUCACUACAGGGAGCAGAGAGGAGCCGCUUGAAAAUCACUGCUCCCCCACACGCAGGAUGAGCAAGCAGCCCCACUGGACCCCAGGGAAAGUCCACUCCGCUCUGCCAAAGGUAGGGAGGCUGGGUGGAUUCAAAUUAAAAUGGAAAGUAUGUGUUUGUGUGUCUCUCUCUCUUGGUCAGUAUGUGUGUCUCUCUCGGUCAGUAUGUGUGUCUCUCUCGGUCAGUAUGUGUGUCUCUCUCGGUCAGUAUGUGUGUCUCUCUCGGUCAGUAUGUGUGUCUCUCUCGGUCAGUAUGUGUGUCUCUCUUGGUCAGUAUGUGUGUCUCUCUUGGUCAGUAUGUGUGUCUCUCUCGGUCAGUAUGUGUGUCUCUCUCGGUCAGUAUGUGUGUCUCUCUCGGUCAGUAUGUGUGUGUCUCUCUCUCUCUCUGUCAGUAUGUGUGUCUCUCUCUCUCUGUCAGUAUGUGUGUCUCUGUCUCUCUGUCAGUAGGUGUGUGCGUCUCUCUCUCUCUGUCAGUAGGUGUGUGUGUGUCUCUCUCUCUGUCAGUAGGUGUGUGUGUGUCUCUCUCUGUCACUAUGUGUAUGUUCCUCUCUCUGUCGGUAUGUGUGUCUCUCUCUCUGUCGGUAGGUGUGCGUGUGUCUCUCUCUCUGUCGGUAGGUGUGCGUGUGUCUCUCUCUCUGUCGGUAGGUGUGCGUGUCUCUCUCUCUCUGUCGGUAGGUGUGCGUGUCUCUCUCUCUCUCUCUGUCGGUAGGUGUGUGUGUCUCUCUUUCUGUCAGUAGGUGUGUGUGUCUCUCUCUGUCAGUAGGUGUGUGUGUCUCUCUCUGUCAGUAGGUGUGUGUCUCUCUCUCUCUGUCAGUAGGUGUGUGUGUGUGUGUCUCUCUCUCUCUCUCUGUCAGUAGGUGUGUGUGUGUCUCUCUGUCAGUAGUGUGUGUGUGUGUGUCUCUCUCUCUGUCAGUAGGUGUGUGUGUCUCUCUCUCUGUCAGGUGUGUGUGUGUCUCUCUGUCAGUAGGUGUGUGUGUGUGUGUGUGUCCCUCUCUCUGUCAGUAGGUGUGUGUGUGUGUCUCUCUCUGUCAGUAGGUGUGUGUGUGUGUCUCUCUCUGUCAGUAGGUGUGUGCGUGUGUCUCUCUCUGUCAGUAGGUGUGUGCGUGUCUCUCUCUCUGUCAGUAGGUGUGUGCUUGUCUCUCUCUCUCUCUGUCAGUAGGUGUGUGUGUCUCACCUCUGUCAGUAGGUGUGUGUGUGUGUGUCUCACUCUUUGCCGUAGGUGUGUGUGUGUGUGUGUCUCUCUCUGUCAGUAGGUGUGUGUGUGUCUCUCUCUCUGUCAGUAGGUGUGUGUGUCUCUCUCUCUGUCAGUAGGUGUGUGUGUCUCUCUCUCUGUCAGGUGUGUGUGUCUCUCUCUCUCUGUCAGUAGGUGUGUGUGUCUCUCUCUCUGUCAGUAGGUGUGUGUGGGUGUCUCUGUCAGUAGGUGUGUGUGGGUGUCUCUGUCAGUAGGUGUGUGUGGGUGUCUCUGUCAGUAGGUGUGUGUGGGUGUCUCUGUCAGUAGGUGUGUGUGUGUGUGUGUCUCUCUGUCAGUAGGUGUGUGUGUGUUUGUCUCUCUGUCAGUAGGUGUGUGUCUCUCCCUCUGUCAGUAGGUGUGUGUGUGUGUGUCUCUCUGUCGGUAUGUGUGUGUCUCUGUCGGUAUGUGUGUGUGUCUCUGUCGUAUGUGUGUGUGUCUCUCUGUCGGUAUGUGUGUGUGUCUCUCUGUCUGUAUGUGUGUGUGUCUCUCUGUCGGUAUGUGUGUGUGUCUCUCUGUCGGUAUGUGUGUCUCUCUCGGUCGGUAUGUGUGUGUGUGUCUCUCUCGGUCGGGGUGUGUGUGUGUGUGUCUCUCUCGGUCGGUAUGUGUGUGUGUGUGUCUCUCUCGGUCGGUAUGUGUGUGUGUGUGUCUCUCUCUGUCGGUGUGUGUGUCUCUCUCUCUGUCGGUGUGUGUGUGUGUGUCUCUCUGUCGGUAUGUGUGUUCUCUGUCGGUGUGUGUGUGUGUGUCUCUGUCGGUAUGUGUGUGUCUUCACGGUAUAUGUGUGUGUCUCUCUGUCGGUAUGUGUGUGUCUCUCUGUCGGUAUGUGUGUGUCUCUCUGUCGGUAUGUGUGUGUCUCUCUGUCGGUAUGUGUGUGUCUCUCUCUCUCUCUGUCGGUAUGUGUGUGUGUCUCUCUCUCUCUGUCGGUAUAUGUGUGUGUGUCUCUCUGUCGGUAUGUGUGUCUCUCUCUCUGUCGGUAUAUGUGUGUCUCUCUCUCUCUGUCGGUAUAUGUGUGUGUGUCUCUCUCGGUCGGUAUAUGUGUGUGUGUCUCUCUCUGUCAGUAUGUGUGUGUGUCUCUCUGUCUGUGUUUCUCUGUCUGUGUGUGUCUCAUAGAAACAUAGAAUGUGACGGCAGAUAAGAAUCAUUCGGCCCAUCUAGUCUGCCCAAUUUUCUAAAUACUUUCAUUAGUUCCUAGUCUUAUCUUAUAGUUAGGAUAGUCUUAUGCCUAUCCCACGCAUGCUUAAACUCCUCUACUGUGUUAACCUCUACCACUUCAGCUGGAAGGCUAUUCCAUGCAUCCACUACCCUCUCAGUAAAGUAAUACUUCCUGAUAUUAUUUUCAAACCUUUGCCCCUCUAAUUUAAGACUAUGUCCUCUUGUUGUGGUAGUUUUUCUUCUUUUAAAUAUAGUCUCCUCCUUUACUGUGUUGAUUCCCUUUAUAUAUUUAAAUGUUUCUAUCAUAUCCCCCCUGUCUCGUCUUUCCUCCAAGCUAUACAUGUUAAGCUCCUUUAACCUUUCCUGGUAAGUUUUAUCCCGCAAUCCAUGAACCAGCUUAGUAGCCCUUCUCUGAACCCUCUCUAAGGUAUCAAUAUCCUUCUGAAGAUACGGUCUCCAGUACUGUGUACAAUACUCCAAGUGAGGUCUCACCAGUGUUCUGUACAAUGGCAUGAGCACUUCCCUCUUUCUACUGCACAUACCUCUCCCUAUACAACCAAGCAUUCUGCUAGCAUUUCCUGCUGCUCUUUUACAUUGUCUGCCUACCUUUAAGUCAUCGGAAAUAAUCACCACUAAAUCCCUUUCCUCAUAUGUUGAGGUUAGGACUUUAUCAAAUAUUCUGUACUCUGCCCUUGGGUUUUUACGUCCAAGAUGCAUUAUCUUGCACUUAUCCACAUUAAAUGUCAGUUGCCACAACUUUGACCAUUUUUCUAGUUUACCUAAAUCAUUUGCCAUUUGGCUUAUCCCUCCUGGAACAUCAACCCUGUUACAUAUCUUAGUAUCAUCAGCAAAAAGACAUACCUUACCAUCAAGACCUUCUGCAAUAUCACUAAUAAAAAUAUUAAAGAGAAUGGGUCCAAGUACAGAUCCCUGAGGUACCCCACUGGUGACAAGUCCAAGCUUCGAAUAUAUUCCAUUAACUACAACCCUCUGUUGCCUGUCACUCAGCCACUGCCUUACCCAUUCAACAAUAUUUGAAUCCAAACUUAAAGAUUGCAGUUUAUUGAUAAGCCUUCUAUGUGCAACAGUGUCAAAAGCCUUACUGAAAUCUAGGUAAGCAAUGUCUACUGCACCACCCUGAUCUAUAAUUUUAGUUACCCAAUCAAAAAAAUCAAUAAGAUUAGUUUGGCAUGAUCUCCCUGAAGUAAACCCAUGUUGUCUCUGAUCUUGAAAUCCAUGUGUUUUAGAUGUUCAUCAAUCCUAUCCUUUAACAUGGUUUCCAUCACUUUCCCCACUACUGAAGUAAGGCUUACUGGCCUAUAAUUGCCCGACUCCUCCCUAUUACCUUUCUUGUAAAUGGGCACAACAUUCGCUAACUUCCAAUCUUCUGGGACUACUCCUGUUAACAAUGAUUGGUUAAAUAAAUCUGUUAAUGGUUUUGCUAGUACACCACUAAGCUCUUUUAAUAGCUUUGGGUGUAUUCCAUCAGGUCCCAUUGACUUAUUUGUCUUUACUUUUGACAGUUGAAAUAGAACCUCUUCCUCUGUAAACUCACGUGUAAUAAAUGACUCAUUUAUCCUUUUUCUCAACUGAGGUCCCUUUCCUUCAUUUUCAUCUGUAAAUACAGAACAAAAAUAUUCAUUGAGGCAGUCAGCUAGACCUUUAUCCUCUUCUACAUACCUUCCUUCUUUUGUUUUUAAUCUAACUAAUCCUUGUUUUACUUUUCUUUUCUCAUUUAUGUAUCUAAAAAAUGUUUUAUCCCCUUUUUUUACUGACUGUGCUAUUUUCUCUUCUGUGUGUGAUUUGGAAGCUCUUAUAACUUGCUUAGCCUCUUUCUGCCUAAUCUUAUAGAUCAUUUUGUCUUCCUCACUCUGGGUUUUUUUAUAAUUCCUAAAUGCUAACUUUUUGUUUUUAACUAUUUUGGCCACAUCUGCGGAGUACCACAGUGGUUUCUUGAAUUUUUUGCUUUUACUGACAAGCCUAAUGCAAUUUUCUGUUGCCUUCAAUAGUGCAACUUUUAAAUAAUCCCAUUUCUCUUGGACUCCAUUUAAAUUGCUCCAGUCUGAUAAUGACUCCUCUACCCAUAUUCUAAUUUUAGAAAAGUCUGUUUUUCUAAAGUCUAAAACUUUGUUUUUUGUGUGGUGUGACUCAGUCACUGUUCUUAUAUUAAACCACACUGACUGAUGAUCACUGGAUCCUAAACUUUCACCUACAGUAAUAUCUGAUACCAAAUCUCCAUUUGUUAACACUAAAUCUAGUAUGGCCUCUUUACGAGUUGGCUCCUCAACAACUUGUUUUAGAGACAAUCCCAGUAGGGAGUUUAGACUAUGUGUGCUCCUGGCACAAGUAGCUAAUUUUGUUUUCCAAUUUACAUCAGGAAGAUUAAAGUCACCCAUGAUGAUAACUUCCCCCUUCAUUGUCAUUUUAGCUAUUUCCUCAACUAGUAGAUUAUCUAACUCUUCAAUUUGUCCUGGGGGCCUAUAAAUCACACCUACACGAGUUACUGUGUGAUUACCAAAUUCUAACGUAGCCCAAACAGACUCUAUGUUUGCCUCACUAACUUUUAUUAGGCUAGAUUUUAUGCUAUCCUUCACAUACAAGGCCACCCCUCCCCCUUUCUUGCCUUCCCUAUCUUUCCUAUAUAAAGAGUACCCUGGUAUUGCUAUGUCCCAGUCAUUUUUCUCAUUGUACCAUGUCUCAGUAACAGCGACUAAAUCUACACUAUCAGUUGCCAUUAUUGUCACAAGUUCAUGGAUCUUAUUCCCUAAACUGCGAGCAUUUGUAGACAUGACUUAAGCUGUAGUGGUUCUGGUGACUAUAGUGUCCCUUUAAUAAUUGUAUAUUUCUCGUAAUUUAAACUUCGCUAGUUUUUUUUUUUUUUAAAAACUGGCUCCUUACUUUUUUAGUUGACUCCUAGAUUCCAAACAAAUUUAUCAAGCCAGGUAUAAAAACUGAACAGCAGAAUUGGACUGGGGAUUUUUUUCUAAAACUAAGUUUUUACAAGCAAUAUUUGAAGUGUCUGAUACAUUCUGAUACUGAUUUCCAAGUGUUGCUUAUAUGAAUAGACUAGCUCGACAUAUUACAUUUUUAUCAUAACAUUGUUAAGUUUACUUUGUGGUGAAGGUAAUAAUUGAAGUUGUAAAAUAUUCGCUGUACCUUUUUCAUAGUAACUAGCACCCCACCCAUUCAUCCUAUAUUUCUAGCUGAUGUGUUCUUGUAAUAUGGCUGUUAUUUAGUCCAACUUGGCUACUGCUUCUCCAUCUUCUAAUACAUCAACUUCUUCCCUUACGCCACCAUUGCAAAAUUCUACUACUCCACUUCUGCAUCAGUGCCCAGGGUCUACUACUCCACUUCUGUAUCCAUGCCCAGAUUCUGAUCCUUCUUUGUGUAUCCAUGCCCAGAUUCUGAUCCUUCUUUGUGUAUCCAUGUCCAGGUACUGAUCCUUCUUUGUGUAUCCAUGUGUCAUGAGAGUGGGCUAUAGGCCCAGCCGAGACAGUGGGGAGAGUGUGGAAGUGACAGGGUUAAUGACACCAGACCCCUGGUUACCUGUUGCUUGUUUCAGCAAUCACUCAAUUAACCUCUACAAUCCCUUCUACACUAACCCCCUAGUACACACUUUACCGCCACCACCAAGACUUUUAAACCCGGGCGUCUUAGGUUAUCCCACAUGCAGGAGAACAAAUAGCAAAACAGUACAUAAAUUAAAAUAGGAGAAAACACAAAUUCCUGACAGUAUGUAUUUACCCCAUAUAGAAUUCUUGUGGGAGUCUUAGAUGGUAUAGGUCUCCUAGAAAUUGCUGACCAAAGAAAAAAAUAAAUAACUCUCUAGAUAGUCCAGCACCCUCAUUAAUAUACCUAAACUAGUUGUUUCUUAGUGGGCAGACCCCUGGGGGGAGAUCAGAGAGGGUUGGUCUGGCAGUUUAUUUCCCACUCUAUGCAAUUCCUUGUGUCCAGCGCUGAUGAUGGCUAUCUAGAAGUUUUAUGGUCUAGGCCUGGUGCAAAGACCACAAUAAAUGUAAUCCCAAGGUUUACAAAAAAAAUUCUUAACAUAUAUCAACACACAUCAAACACCAACUCAUGCUUAUGGCAUGACACCAUGCCCAGGUACUAAUCCUUACUUGUGUAUCCAUGCCCAGGUCAGGUUCUGUUCCUUCAUUGUGGAUCCAUGCCCAGGUUCUAAUUCUUCCUUAUAUAUUAAUACCCUGGUUCCACUUCUUCCCUUAUGUAUCCAUGCCCAGGUUCUGGUUCUUAAUCUUCUCAGGCAUACAGUCUCUCCUCCUUGCAACCAUACCUAUCUUCUCCUUUUAAGUGUUCUCUGGCACCAAAUCAUUCCACAUUGCACAGCCAAUCUCCUAUUCUGCUCCUCUGACUUCCAAGGAAUAGACUCCUUCCCUUAUGAAGCCCUGUUUUGUUUCUGCUUUCAAAACAUCAGUCUGCUUUGUUACAAGCUCCUUUCCAAGUAGUAUACUCUACAUGCAGUCCUAAGUGAAACCUGAGAUUUGAAACCUUUAUAGUUUCUACGUUAGAGGUAAUAUAGGUGGGGCAUUUAACCCAAAUGUUUUCCGAGGUGAGCAGAUCUAAGCAUUAUUGUUUUUUUGUGAUGGACAUGCGUAUAUAAAAUAGUUUUUACCUGACAAAGACGUGGGUGAGGGGAUCUAAGUCUUAUUAUUCCCAUCUGUUUAAUUCGAAUACCUGAGGAGGAUAUCAGCAAGGGUGUUUAGCCUUCAUUGUUUUAUUGGGAUGGACAUGUUGAAUCUGUUAGGGGUUUAUAGGAUAAGGGCAAAUAGCGUAUUGCUUUGUUUGCUUUGAAAUUGCUGUUGGUGAUUUUUAAAGAUACUCUGUGGUAUUUUUAGCUGUGAUGAAGAAAUUUUAGCAUUAGGCUGUAUCCGUGUGCUUUGCCUCGUGGUUUCCAUGGUGAUGGCUGACCUAAUUCAGGAGAAGGAUACAGGCGAGAGUUUGUCAGAAUGCGCGUUGAAAUUGUGCAGUAGAGGUGAUUGGGGAGACGCUCAAUGACAAGAUCUAUUUCAGAGAAUUGUUUAAGCCAAAAGCUGGUGAAAUGUGUCUGGAGGAAAGCUGAGCUCAAUGCUGUAUCUCUGUAUUCUGAAAAUGCAGUGUUUUUCAUCAUACUAGCAAGAGGUAUAUUGCUUUUUUUUAUUUUUGUGCUGGAUUACUGCUUCUAGGCCCAGAUGUAGUGUGUUUGGAUUGCUUUGAACUUGGUUUGCUGGCCAGGCUAGUGACAUCCAGAGAUGCCGGGGUCUUGCAGAACUGGACGCAAUCAAUGCGCAUAACAUUCCCCUGCAGUUCAACUGCUGGCUUUAUGACCAUGAGUGAUUCAAAACAUGACCAUAUAAAGGUGGAUUACAAGCCAUAUCUGGCCCAGAACCAUUAAAAAGUAUAUAUUUCGAAAAUGUUAACAUGCCAUGCUGUAAUAAAUGAGGUAGUUUGACAAUUUAGUGUAAUAAUUAGGAUUCCAGUGAAAUACCCGGUUCUCGGUUUAAUAAUAUAGUUUCUUUGCAUCUCAGUCCGUAUUAAUAGCACACACAAAAGUGGCACAUUUAUGCCAUAUGUCCAAGGUAUAUUGAUGCCAAAUAUUUUUAGGUAGUAUAUCGAUGUCCACUUAACAAAUCCUUAUGAAAACUGGGAAUGUUGUUUUGGUAAAUGCAUUUGGUCUCUGCAUUCCGUUUGUGAUACAAAGAUCAUCACUUCCAGUUACUUUGAAUAACCAUUCCCACUAAUUCCAUUCAGGGUCUGGUCGUGAUUUCCAGAAGUUGUCCUACAACUGUUCUGUAUCCAGGAGGUUCAACCAGUUAGCAACAUUAAUAAGAACAUAAUUUUUUUUUUUUUUAAAUAGCAUUUCCCAUCAUGCAUUGGGUGAGCAGGUUUGAACAAAUAGUUCACAGAAGAUUGAGUGCUGGAAGUAAAAUUAGCCUUUGGCAAUCAAGCUACAUAAGAGUAAAUACAAAAUGAUUGGUGCAAAAUAAAUACGGUAUUUAUUAUUCUUCAAACACUGUGCACUGCAAUUUGUGUAUCUUUAGCAAAUAAUAGUAUACCAAUGUUUGUUAUCCGUAGCAUUGUGACUUUGUUUAGUUUAAGCAGAUCAACAAAUAAAUACCACUUGUAAAAAUUGAUAGCCCCUUACCUGUGAGGGAUGUGAUCAAUAAAGUUAUAGAUUAAUGGCAACAGUAUAAUAUCUGUCAGUACAAUACAUAUUUUCUUGUGUGCCAUUUGUGUGGUUGCUUUCAUAUGAUGUGUGUUGUUUUUGUAUUGUUAAGCCUUAAUAGUAGCUGCUAAAUUUUCACAUGGUAUAUUGUUUGAUAGUGGCUUAAACACAAGUGCCUGAAAGCCACCAGUUAUGGAAGUAUAUGUAGUGAUUUUGCAUAGAUAACAUCUUCCAGAAUGCUCACUUGACAGGCUAGGUGAGAAAUCUAUUCCUUCCCACUUUGCUCAAUAAAAUGUAUUGAAGGGGAGUUAUGGCCUGCAGCCCUUAUAGACCGAGCACCGUAGGGUCCAUAAACCCUACAAUGCUUCAUUGUGCUUCACAAAACAUCACGCCUUGUACAUAUUUGAACAUUCAUCCCUGCCUCUGAUUAAGGCAUGUUGUCUGUUUAUCCCUGCAUGCAGUCAGCCUGUGUUUGUGUCUGUUUAUAUAUUCUACAAGUUCAAAAUUACUUUUAGCAAGUAUUCAAAAAAAUAAAAGAAUAUAUCUGUGCUAUAUUUGUUUUUUUUAGUUGCUUAACAAACCGCAACAUGGAGGACCAUUAUUGAUAUAGAUAUAUAUCCGUCAGACCCAAUUUCCACUAGCGAUUGGCAAGUGAAAAUAUAGUUUUGGGGAGUGUAGAUUAACAUAAUAUUUAUUUACUUCCCUCUACAGAUCAAUAGAAUAUAAAUAAAAUCCCUCCUCCCCCUAGAAACCUGUUCUAUAUAGGAAAACAAAACAUACCAAUCAAAGCUAUAUUCCUUCCAUUCUACCUCUGUCUACCUCAAACAAAUCUGUAUGUAAACUAUCAGAAUUUGGAGUUUCCACCAAUAUUUCAGUUUCUGUUUCCCAUUGGGGAGUACUGUGCUGCUGUAGGUUUUAUUGUUUAAAGGGUUGCUCCAACAAAAACUGUCUUUUUAUAAACCUUUACAACAAAAAUUAAAACAAAAAUCUAAAACCUGUGUUCUAGUAAUGAGGCCAAGUUCUUCCUGCAGCCCUUUCCUCCUCAAUUAAUGUAAUUUUCCAUCUGGGGGACAGAUGUCAUGGAGGUCUACCUCUGAUGGGAGGACAUGUGUGGCAUGGAGGGGGCCGUGCUGCUAUUGGACGCCUGUUUUCAGUAUACCGUGCAUGUUGAUGUCACGCAUCCAAUAUGCACAGAUUUCACAUUAGCCAUCUGGAAUUGAAACAGAAAUUUAGUUUCACCAGCAUCUUGUUUUGUCAACUUGACUUCUAUAGAUAACUACUCCCUACAUUUUUUAAUAUAUUCUAUGACUACUUGAGCACUCAUGAAUUAUUUUUUUUAAAUUCACUUUUAGGGAAUCAUAUUGAAGCAGAUUAAAUAACGUUUGUUUUUAGUGACACAGCCUAGUGAUGUUUCCCUGAUACUGCCGCCUCCUCCUCUCCGCUUCCUUGGUGUUAUCAUGGUAUGUAAACUGGUACAUACGGUAUAAGGUGGAGUAGGGCGAAUUUAUUGUGUGCAUAUACUCCACUUUAUACCGUAUGUACCAGUUUAUGUUUGUGUGAGGAUAAAGGGAAAACCCACAAUAAGGUGUUUUUUGAGUAUUUGUCAUUCUAUGUUAAGUGUCACUCAUUGGGAUAUUGUUUUACUAGUUAUCAUGGUAUGUGUUUGUUUUUAAAGGACCACUAAUUAAACCUAGACAACUUCAUAAAAGCAUUGCAGUUUACUAUGUAUGUAUUUAAGUGGAACUGUCACUGCCUGGGGACAAUGGAGAAUUUGCCUGUUGGUUUGAGACGGGCGGCAGAGAAAGGCGAGUUUAACUUACUGGUACCUCUCCCUCAUGGGCGUCUCCAUCAUCUUCCUGCCAGUUCUCUUCUGCAGGAGCUGACGUCACGUCUGUACUCUCGCAAAUGCGCGAAAGUGCAUACAAAAAGCCAAUUUCCUCAGCCGUCACUGGAUUGACAAUUCUUGGCAACGGAAGCUGCGCCCAGUGUCAGAAGUGUCUCUGUAUUUGUUUUGAUUUUGACUGGGUUGGAAUUUCCGUGAAAUUACGACACAGUCUGAGUUUUUCUAAAAGAGUGGAGUAUUGGGGUGAGGGCAAUGCCGCUUAUGGAUGUAUAUUGCAGGAUUAAAUACGCCUCUAAUGGCUUUCUACCUGCCACUAAUGCGGUUCCACUGUGAGCACAGAGUCAAAUUUGGGUCUCACAGCUAACCGUCGUUUAAUUGGCUGGCCUCCCAUGUAUUAGCCAUGCAUGCACUUUUCGCUUUUGAUUUUUUUGGAUAAAAGAGAAGUGUCGGCUUGACAUUUUGGGCUCAACAAAUCCCAGGUCACUAUGACGACUAGGAUAUUUUUCUUGACUCCUGGGAUUUUUUUAGCCAGUUCAGCAGUCUCACCCCAUCCCCCCCCCCCCAUCUUGAUGAUCUCAGACAAGCUCAGCGCUCUGCCUCAUCUGACGGAGGUGGGCGGAGUUAAGGCGCAUGCGCGGCCAACGCAUUAGUCCCUCCCCAUCGGAAAGCAUUGCCUUAAUGCUUUCCAAUGGGGUUUUCACUGAUGCUUGUGCAGAGCGUGAGGACGUCCAGCGUUGCUUAAUGGGCUCCGAGUCCCUUAGAAUCCCGGAAGCGCCUCUAGGGUCUGUCUGCCGCUCGAGGCAGUCUUAGUGCUGCACAGUAAUCAUUGCAGUUUCUAAAACAAAAAAUAAAAACUGUAAUAAUUUACAUUGUAGUACUAAGAAGGACAGGGACAAUGCCCUCAGACCUCUUCAAUGACAUUUAGUGGUCUGGGUGUCUAUGGUGUCCCUUUAGAAUUGUAUUUUUGUUGUUGAAAAUAAAGCUUUGUUUAAAAAAAAAAAAAUCUGGCUCUUAACUUUAUAGUCCAAGCAAAUUUGUCAAGCCCUGGGGUAAAGUAACUUUAAUUUGGGGUGGGCAGCACUUUGUGGCAUGCCCUUUUCUUGUGAAAACAUAUAUGAAGUAUGUUUAUUUACUGCAGUGCACACCAAUAACUGUGGAGUCAGGUUUUUUUGGUUUUUUUUUCUCUCCUCCUCCACUGUCCAAUUUCAGUUGUGCUUUAGCCACCUUUUAGGCGAGUUUUGUUUACCACUGAGAUCUGUAGCUGUCUUGCUGUUGUUUUGUGAAUUAUGUUCUUGCACUUUCACCAUAACUGAGAUUUUGUCACGGCGCAGGGGUAUCUGUAUCGACGCGAUCGCGCCUGAUUAGUGCGGCCGCGCCGAUACUUCAGGUAAAAGUAAGUCCCUGAUUUGGUGGCGGCAAAAAGGAAAAAAUGUACUUACCUUAAUUGCGGCGGAGUGCCGCCCAAUCUUCCAAGAAGACUGGUCCCGGCUGGUGUGGUUUUCUAAGGACACCAGCUGCUGUGGUCCCGUUCUUACUGUUAAAGGGCACACUGCCAACAUUAAAGAUGGCGCCGGCGUGCGUGUGAUGUCACGUCAUCGACGCACACGCACGUUUUGGGGUCACAGGCCAUGUACUAACCAAUCACAGCACUGAGAGGCCUAUUUAAACCCUGUAAUGUCUUUUCUCAGUGCCCUGUUGUGGUUUCCACUUGUUGGUUGUCGGAGAGCACGUUCUUGGUAUAUUGUUCUGGUAAUUGACUUUGGCUAUUAUUUUUGACUUUCCCUUCUUCUGGUAUCCUGACCCAUGGUUAAUUAUUCAUAUUGUCUCAUUCUGUUUCCCCGACCUUGGCUUGUGCUUUGACCAUUCUCUUUUCCGCUACGUCUGGCCAUUCUAAGGUCCGGUAUACGUUGUUUGUGUUAAUAUAGUUCUGCGUGUUAGGUCACACAGUAAUCGUGACAGAUUUAUCAGUUGCUAUAAAGGGCUACUGAGUCCGUAGUUGCUGUUACCAUAGAGAUACUCAUAGUUUGUUGCUUCUCUUGAUAAUUACUUAGGUCAAAUGACCAGUUAUGGUUCUAAUUGGCAAAAUUCAUUUAAAACAAUCAACUUUCUACUCUAUUUUGUUGUGCUUAUAUUUACUAAAGGCAAAUUGGGUUGCAGUUAUUUAUUUUAAGUGAAUUUUGCAAAUACAAAGCAUAAUUUCAAACAGGCCCAAAUCCUGGGGACCCUCAGGUCCAUUUGAAUGCUGAUUGACUAAAUCUUGUGAACAGUGUUCGUAUAGCUGCAUUCAAAUGCUCCCAGAUGGUACCAGCUAAUUUUUGCUAAGACCCAGAGGCAUUCCGAUUUUUAUGAAUAACCAUGUAUUGACUCCUCAAAUCACUGCAUCUUUUCGCUUUGCCAUUGUGAUCUGUUACCCAUAGAAUUUCUAUGUACUUUGAAUGUAAUAUUGACUCCCAAACCUUAGGCCUAAUUUGUGGCAACUUAAUGGAUAAGGAAUGUGAUAAACUAGUUGUCUGUUUAAACCAUGGGUAGUCAACCUGGCCCCUAGCGCCCACUAGUGGGCGGUUUGGGAUUUCGUGUGGGUGGUGGUGGGUUCUGCAGAAAAUGCCUGGUGGGCCUCUAUAGCCAUGGAACAAGGCCAGCAGGGGAGAUCCUUUUAUCUCCCCUGCCGGCCCAUGCAGGGCCAGGCUUGCUGUAAUCCCUCUCGGGCUGGUGAGGAGAUCCAAGGUCUCCCUCACUGGCUCGCUGAUGCUUAGUUCCAGCAGACGGAGGGAAGGGCCUGGGAGUCUCUGUGUUCCUCCCGCGAACAGACUGGUCGGAGCGUUGACGUGCAUUACCAUGGCAACGCUCCGAUACAGUGCUGUGCUCGUAGGAGGACAGAAGAGUCAACCUGCAACAAAGGAGCUGCAGGCUAAAGUGAACAUGCCACCACUGGAUCACCAGGGCUUUUGCAGUAUUAUGUCCCCCCUCCCUGGUAAAAGGUAGGAAGAAAGCAGGGGAGACAUUAACAUAGAGCUUUUCACAUCUCACCCACCUGCACACAGCAUAUGCACCCUUUACACACGCACACGCACGCACACACACACUACACCUCUCACUCGCACACACACACUGCACCCAUUGCACACACACCCACCACCCUUCAUAAACACACACACACACACACAGCACCCCAUUCACACGCACACAUAGAAAAAAGUAGAAUAGAAAUUAGAAAAAAAAGAAAUAAAAAAGAUAAAUGUAAGUAUUUUUAUUUAUCUUUUUAACCCUCCUUUCUAAAAAAAAAAAACACACAAAAAAAAAAUCACACUUGCGCUAUACAAUGAGUUACUGCGGCACUGUUGGGUGGUAAGGAAAUUUUACCAUCAACAAAGAUGCAAAAGUGGGCGGUAGGUAUUAAAAGGUUGACUACCCCUGGUUUAAACGGUCUGUGAGGUUCAAAAGGAUGUGUAGCCUGUUCCUCCAGAAGACAUAGAGUUUGAAAGACCUAAUUUGAUCUUUUUCUGCAUAAUCAGCUUUUCCGUGACCUGUGUGGUCAGCUGCCAAUACUGCGGAGGUGGGCACUUCUGCUAGAGAUAUUUUGCAACAUGUCUACUUUCUCCUAGUUUACUUCUCUUCAUGAGUUACAUCCUGCCACCGCGGCUCACCAGUUGAGUUUUCAUCAAUCUUAUCAUGAUAUGGGAUAUCUGCUAAUAUCACAAAGUGCUAGUUGUACUGCAUAAAUGUACUUUUUCCAUGCUUAAAGGCACACUGUAGUCCCCAGGCACUGUCCCUCUAUUCAGUUUUAAGCCAUUUUAGAGCAGUUUAAUACUAAAAUGUCAGCUGACACUCAACCAAUCACAGCUGCCCAUUGCUGCUCAGGCUUAUACUUAAUCAUUAGCCAAAUCAGCACAGGGGAGGGUCUGCUGUAGGGCUACUCUUAAGCAUUAAAAGAUGAAAAGAUUAAAUACUGGUGAAUGAUAUUAUGGCACCAGGAGAUCCAGACACCAUAAUGAUAUGAAGCAGAUACAGUGCCUACGAUGUCCCUUUAAAUAUAAAUAAAGAUAUAUAUCUAUUUAUUAUACACCAGGGCUUGACAAAUUUGUUUUGGAAUCUAGAAGCCAGCUAAAAAAGUUAGGAGCCAGUUUUUUGUUUUUUUUUUAUUAAGGGACACUGUAGUCACCAGAACCACUACAGAUUAAUGUAGUUGUUUUGGUGCCUUUUCAACGUAAACGCUGCCUUUUCAGAGGAAAGGUAGGGUUUACAUUGCUGCCUACUAAGACCUCUAGUGACAGUCAUUCAGACGGCCACUAGAGAGUCUUGUCAGUGCUCUGCAUGGAGGCGCUGAAUGUUACCCAUAGAGAACAUGUGUAAUAUCCUCAUUAAGAUCUCAGCUGUGGAGGCGGGACAAGCCACAGCGAAACCAGCACAGCGUGGGAAAAAAAGGUGAGUAAAAACACCAAUCCUGUGAUCGGAAGGGGGCAGGUACCUAAACACGCAAUCUCUGACACACACUCACACUCUCUUUCUCACACACUCUCUCGAACAGAUUUAUAUUUUUAAUUAUAAUCCACCCAGCCUCCAUACCUUUGGGAGAGCUGAGUGGACUUUCCCUGGGGUCCAGUGGGGCUCCCCUUCCUGUGUGCGAGGGAGCAGUAAUCUACCUGUGGCUCCUCUCUGUAGUGAUGCCAGGGCCUGAAUGACGUCAUAUUCCGGCUCCCGGCAUCACUAGACAGUGUGAGGAAGCAGAGAGGAGAUGCAGGAAGAUCACUGCUCCCUUGCGCGCUGCCACCUCCAUGAAGCCCAGGGUGGCCGACUACAACGCUCCCUGAGCCGUCUGCUUCCAUACCUCCCCCGGUGGACAGCUACAACGCUCCCUGAGCGGCUGCCUCUGUGCUCCCGCGGGCGGGCAGCCGGCCGGCUCCAUUGUUUGCCCUAACGAAUUGCCAUAAUGCAGGUAACACAUGCUCUUUUGUAACCAGUGAAGGGAAUAUAGAUUGACUAGGCACCUCUCUGAUCAAUUGUCGUUUGAGAUCCUUGGCUCAUAAACACUGCAGGUUCAUCCAUAGCAAUCAUGUUGGACAGAUUGUACUUAGAAAAGUCGAUGCGAUCAACAAAAGACUUGAAUGUAAGUGCACAUUUAAUAAUUUCAGUAUCUUCUAGCUUGAAAGUUGCUGUCGAUCUUCUUAACGACAGUUCGUGACGCUUAAGAAGUCAUCCAGCCAGUGUUGUGAUGCUCUGAAAUCUUCUAAGGCGAUUUAAACUGUGGUGCCAUUGCAAGGGCAAAUGCUUGAAUAUCAGCUAUCAGCCCUGUGCACAACCAAAGCCUUUGCUCUCCUGUCAUCAAUAAAUUCUCAGUCGAUCCCUUCCAGCUCAGGAAAUAAUGGUUGCCGCUCUGAUCCACACUUGCGCUUCUUGGCAUUUCCCUCGUCCACCUGUUGCUUUAGAAUAUCAUGCUCUGCUCGCCAUUUUCUGAUCAUUAGGACAUCCAACUUCAUCUCUUUGCACAAAGCCAUAAGAAUCUUGCCCUGGGAAUCCACCACGAUUCCUUUCUUGUACGCGAUGGAAUAGCUCUUUCUUUCCCCACUCAUUUUGUCUGUGUGUCAAAAUAUUACAGACUGCCGUUUUUACAACACUGUUGGUAAGUGAGGAUGCACUACUGUAGCAAGCAUGUGCCAGCAAGCAGGUCUAUGUUCAUGGAAAUUCACCGAAACAUAUACCAGUUCAAUAGUGCAUGGAAUCCUGCAAAUCUAUUCGGGCAAACUUUCCCGAACAUAAUUAGCUUACUCGCAAAUGGAAUCCAGCGAACUUAUGUUUGGGAAACUUCCCCGAACAUAAAUUAGCGAACGCCAUCUAGGGCUUAUUUUCAGGGUAGGGUUUAUAUUACGAGCAUCACCCGAAAAUAAGUUAUGGCUUAUUUUCGGGGGAUGUGUUAUUUUGGGGGCAAGACAAUAGAUAUGGUAUGUGUUAAACCAAAAGACAGUUGUGUUUAUCCCAAUUAAUAACUGUCAAAUUAUCCUACCACGUACACUUGAUUGCAAAACUUGACAUUUCAAGAUAAGCUUGAUUGUUCUGAAUAUUUGAUACUCCAUGUUUGUGUUAGUAUUUGUAGUUUACUUGCGCCAAUGGAUCAAUUUCUUUGCAAAUAUUAGGCACAAUUCAAUUUUUAUCAUUUGUUUAGUCCCACAGUUUGAGUUCCACGGCUUAGCAUUGUUACAGAACAUGCACAUUUCUUUAUCUAUAUUUUUACGGGGGAUACUGUAACUAAGGAAAUCUGUAAUGCCACAUAGAUGGCAUAACCUGUUUACUCCAAGAUCAAUCCAUUUGUAUGACAUUGGGAUGAGGUAGAAUAGGAAACUUUUUUUUCCAAAAAUCUUGGCCAACAAUUUUGCAGGAACUGAUGUUAAUGAGUUCAGACCAGGUGAACUUCCUAAGGAAUGUUUCCAACAACUAAUUGAUUCUUUACCUUACAAAUAUGUUCUUUACAAUGUUAUACAAUAUAUGCAUUACAAAAUGGCCUGUGAGUAUGCGUAUUAUUUUGUCUUGGAAUUGAUGUCUGUUUUGUAGAUGUAAGUAUUAAUCUACUGGCAAUUUUUGUCAGUGACAGAGUUUAUGAAAAUCAAUUUUUUGUUAAUUAUUUUUUUUUUUUUUUUUUUGAGACCAGUCUUGUUUUCCUAAUGGUUCAUUGUGAUGCAGUUACAUGCUUGAGGAAAUUCAAAAGGCAGUCUUAAUCUCUAUGUGUGUAUGGGUUCUUCUGGCCUGAGUCACGGAGCUGACCGUUUCUGUGUUUACACUGCAGAGUUUGUGCAUCAGUCUGUUUGAGGAUGUACUUUUUGAAGAAAAGGAAUCUGACAGCCAGUCUAUGCUGUAUUAUAGCAAGGCUCCCUGAGUGUAUACAAAGUUCCUUAACAUGAACUAGCAGACUUUGAUUAUGCAUUUUGCUAAGCUAAAGGGCUUGUCAGUGUGAGUGUGGUUAUCCUCCUGAGCUAGACAUGCUGUCAGUUUUUGUGAGAGUGUGCUGGGGAAUGGGAGGUAUUGAAUACAGUAUUGCAGGAUAGACUGUGAUAUAGGAACAAUACAGUGUUGCAGUAUAAGUGUGAGGGAUACGGUAUUAGUUUGGGGCUAGACUUGGGAGGACUGCGCACAGGACUGACUGCUGUGUAGGAUGAUAUGGGGUGAUAGACUGAGUGCAGUAUUUUUGUAAGAGGUAUUGAACACACUGCAUUCGGAGGCUUGAGCGGUGUUGGUUGGGGACAAGUGGAAUGAUGGGAGACAGCCUGCGAACAGUGGGGGGGAGACACUGACUGCUCUUAGUGGGAAAAUCUAAAUGCAUUGUAAUGCUAUAGGAGGAGAGACUGAACACAGUGUCAUGGCACAGGGUAGAGACUAGGGAUCGACCGAUAUUGAUUUUUUAAGAGCCGAUACCGAUAAUUUGUGCACGUUCAGGUCCAUAGACGCUAACUUCUGAUAAUGAUAUUCUGUACAUUUACCAUUUAAAAAAAAACAAAAACAAUUUCUACACAAAUCUACUGUUAACUGAACAUGUUUAUUAUUAUUAUUUUUUAUUUUUUUUUGCAAAUCUUUUUUUUAUUAAAGGGACACUAUAAUCACCCAUACCACUUGAGCUCAGUGAAGUGGUCUGGGUGCCAUGUCCCCCAGGUUUUAACCCUUCAGAUGUAAACAUAGCACGGUUAAUCUUCCUGACAGCCACUAGAGGCGCUUCUGUGACGCUGGACGCAAAAUUCGCAUCCAGUGUGCAGAACAUCCAUAGGAUGGGGGAGUAGAGGUCGUCAGCGCCGAGGGAGCCCUGGAUAAAGGUAAGUGGCUGAAGGGGUUUAAACCCCUUAAGCGCCAAGGGUGGGGGGUGGGGGGGUCCUAAGGAUGAUAUAGUGUCAGGAAAACGAGUUUGUUUUCCUGACACUAUAGUGAUCCUUUAAGAUAAAUGUACAAAAUAUACAUGCCUGUCAGAAUUUGUUUUCAAGAAUAUAUGUAUGUGAAGUGGAUGCAGUGUGUUUUUGUGUAGUGAAUGUAGUGUGUACCGUGAAUGCAGUGUGUGUGUGUGUGUAUAGUGAAUGCAGUGUGUGUGUGUAUAGUGAAUGCAGUGUGUGUGUGUAUAGUGAAUGCAGUGUGUGUGUGUAUAGUGAAUGCAGUGUGUGUGUGUAGUGUGUGCAUAGUGAAUGCAGUGUGUGUGUAGUGUGUGCAUAGUGAAUGCAGUGUGUGCAUAGUGAAUGCAGUGUGUGUGUGUGUAUAGUGAAUGCAGUGUGUGUAUAGUGAAUGCAGUGGGUGUGUGUGUGUGUGUGUAGGUAUGUUAUGUGUAAAAUGAGGAGGGAGGGCAUUUUAAUUGUUUUAACGUAAAAAUUAAUUUUUAAUUAUGUUUUAGUCCCCCAUCCCUGCUUCUUACCUGGCCAGGGUUAUGGCAUUCCCUGGUAGUCCGGUGGCAUGGACAGAAGGGGCCCAGCACACUCUUACCUUCCCAGCGGCUUUCUUCAGCUCCCUCGUCUAACUCUUUCGGCCUGUGUGCCACUCAGAGCGUUGCGAUGUUAACUCUGACGGCCGCGGGACUUGCAAGAGUUACACAGGGGAGCUGCUGGGAAGGUAAGUAAGUGUGUGCUGGGCCCCCUAGGACCCUGAUGGCGGCCCUGGUCUGCAUUAUCGGCAAUAUCGGUAUCUUUAUUGGCUGAUACCGAUAAUGCUUAAAAUACAGAAUAUCGGCCGAUAAUAUUGGCCAGACUGUUAAUCUGUCGAUCCCUAGUAGAGACUGAGUGAGUUGUCAUGGCAUGGGGAGACUCGUUGUUGUGUUGGAGGGAGAGACUGAGUUGCGUUGUGUGGGGAACCGAACUCUGCAUCGCAAUGUGUGGGGAACCGAACUCUGCCUCGCGGCGUGUGGGGAACCGAACUCUGCCUCGCGGCGUGUGGGGAACCGAACUCUGCCUCGCGGCGUGUGGGGAACCGAACUCUGCGUCGCACCGUGUGGGCAACCGAAGUCUGCGUCGCACCGUGUGGGCAACCGAAGUCUGCGUCGCACCGUGUGGGCAACCGAAGUCUGCGUCGCACCGUGUGGGCAACCGAAGUCUGCGUCGCACCGUGUGGGCAACCGAAGUCUGCGUCGCACCGUGUGGGCAACCGAAGUCUGCGUCGCACAAUGUGGGCAACCGAAGUCUGCGUCGCGCCAUGUGGGGAAUUGAAAGUAGUGAUGUGUUAUAUGGAGUGGUAUGGGGGAAACUGAACAUCGCGUCGUGGUAUAAAGGAGACUAAGCACAGUGUCAUGAUAUGAGGGAGACUGACGCACCGUCGAGGUAUGGAGAAGUGAGGGGGGCGAGUGAGAGCAGUGUCUUAGUAUGGAGGAGUGGGGGACUGAAAGCAGUGUCUUGGUAUGGUGGGGGGGAGAAUGAUAGCAGUGUCUUGGUAUGGAGGGGGAAGAUUUGCAGUGUCUUGGUAUGGAGCGAGGGAAACUGUAAACAGUGUCUUGGUAUGGGGGGAGACUGAAAGCAGUGUCUUGUCAUGGAGGGGGGAGACUGAAAGCAGUGUCUUGGCAUGGAGGGGGGAGACUGAAAGCAGUGUCUUGGCAUGGAGGGGGAGACUGAAAGCAGUGUCUUGGUAUGGAGGGGGAGACUGAAAGCAGUAUCUUGGUAUGGAGGGGGGAGACUGAAAGCAGUGCUUGGCAUGGAGUGGGGGAGACUGAAAGCAGUGUCUUGGCAUGGAGGGGAAACUGAAAGCGUGUCCUGGAAUGGAGGGGGAGACUGAAAGCAGUGUCUUGCAUGGAGUGGGGGGAGACUGAAAGCAGUGUCUUGGCAUGGAGGGGGGAGACUGAAAGCAGUGUCUUGGUAUGGAGGGGGGAAGAGACUGAAAGCAGUGCCUUGGUAUGGAAGGGACAGACUGAAAGUAGUGUCUUGGUAUGGAGGUUAGAAUGUACAAGGUGUCAAGGUUUGGGAGGGUGGAAUGAACCCAGUGUUUUGGGAGGAGGUGGUAAAUGGAGCACAAUGUUGUUGUAUAGGGGCAGGAUUGAUCGCAGUCCAGGGAGGGAGCGUGUUGUGUAGUACUGGAGGACAGCAGCUGGCAUGCAGCCUAGUCUCUCUGUGGCAGCAGUUGCUAUUAUGCAAAUACAGCUUAAGCUUCACAUUCCUCUAUUUUUUUCAUUUCCCCAACUCGCAGUGUACUCAAAACAAGCAGCUGAACGCGGCAGUCACAAUCUUUCCUCUUGCUUACAACAUGAAACAAGGUGCCACAUUUAUUUCCUUAAAUAACUGGCAUUGUGUAAGCAAACACUCCCGUACGCAGCCGUGCAAAUGCUGCUGCCAAUAGGGGAGUAAUACUACCGUUACUCGUUCCUCCCCUCUCUGCCAUUUUGUUUCUUCAGCUCAGCUAGCAGAGUUUGACAAUAUUAUUUAUUUUUAUUUUUUCUACCUCUCUUCUAUUAAUCAUCUCUCCGCAGUGGGAUUGUGAUAGCAGGUUAUUGUUCUCCUAAAAUCCAGCUGAAGGUAAUCCCUAAAAUGGAAUGUGUGAGCUAAUGACCUCACACUCCUCUCUGGGCUGUUUGUCAGAUGGCUUGCUUUACAGUUCAAAGCAUCUGCUCCUGCACAGACAGAAUUGCAUACAUCAUAACUACAUAAAACCCGGCUUAGUUUAGCGAAACACCACUAAUUUUAGGAUACUGAAAUGUCUGCGUAAGUAAUAUAUACUAAUGUUGAAAUCUGACACGCAUUCAUAUGUGUAUACUAAAAUUAAGGAAUUUCCUGUUUUUACUUUAACUGCAUUUCACAGCAUGUGUGUAUGUAUUGAGAGCAGUGGGGAGUUGCUACUAGAACAGAGGUGGCCAAAAAGCAGGUCCGCAGAUUUUGCAGAGCUGCAACUUCAAAGUUGCUUAAGGAUGCGAGAGCAUCCUGGAUGUUGUAGCUCUGCAACAACUUGGGAACAAUUUCCUUGCCACCCGUGCUGUAGAAAUACUUGAGAUAAGUGCUGGUUUCUGAUUGGCUUCUUGGUAUUUUUUUUUUCUUUUUAAUCCAAUCUAGAUCCUGCUACAAUUUCAAUCAAUAGUCAAUUAUCAGACUAUUAUCCUGUGUUUUGUGAAAUGCAAACAUCAAGGCAUCAUUGGCAGGUUCCUUGCAAUUUAAAAAUAUAUUUGAAAAAACUAAAUGUGCUAUUUUAUAUAAAAUUGUUCAAGCAUUGCGGUCUUAUAAAAAUUAUAAUCAUUACACACUGCACUUUAGCAGUAGGUCAGAAAUGAUUGAGGGAACUGCAGUAUCUAAAAACGCACACAUUUCAAAUCACUUCUAGACUGCUGUAAUUCCCUCUUUGUAGAUAUAUAUAGCAUAAACCUAGAAAAGAUUAUGCAAUCCGAGUUUCACCUACAUUUUCCAUUAUAUCUAAUUGCAAACAUAACAAAUAUGCACAAUUCUGCUAGUAUGUAUGACAUCAUUGACAUUCAUUUCUUAAUUUUUGUUUUAUUCUGGUCUUUUCAUAGGAACCAGCUUUCAAAGCGCACAAGAAGUCGGGAGAUGUUCCAAAUCUUGACUGUAAAAAAGUGGAGUGUGUACAUCUCCACCCAGAGGAAGGACAUCUUUCCAGCUCAAGGAAUUCUUCACCUUUGCACUCAGAAGUAACUGAUCAGACCAGGGCUGCAUCAUCUGGACUUAGUAGUAACAAAGACCAUGACUUAAAGGCCAGGUCCCUGGUAAAUGGGGCAAACUCACGUGUAACUGAGAAACUUGCUCAGCUUAUUGCAACCUGCCCUCCUUCCAAGUCUUCCAAAAACAGAGCCAAGAAGCAGGCCAGUGCAGCCCCUCAUGGUAUGGUCACCGAAGCCAAUGAAACACUUCCUUCUGCCUUAGAGCACUUGAAGUCCUCUUCCUCUUUAAGCAGUGGCUUCCCCGAGGACAAGGAAAAAGUUAAUUUGCCAGAGAAGAUGAGCAGUAAAGUGUCCGACAGGGGCAGUGUCCGACCAGCUAAAGAAAGCAUCCUAGAAAAGUUUUGUAUUAGAAAAGAGAUGCCCAGUACAGAAAAGGAUGUUCUCGGUGACCGAACCUCCAUCCCACAGGAGACACCUUUGCUUGGGGAAAAGGGCAUUCCUGACCCAAGUGUACAGGAAAAACUAUGUCCUGUAUAUUGCACUUCAUUGGACUUUAGGAUGGGUGUGGCAUCUGAUGCUUCAACCGCAGUGUCUCCUUUCAGUGCAGUUGGUGAAGGAAACCUGCCUUCGCCAGCACCAGCAACUUGCCUGGCAUCCUCUGGCAGAAGCCCAAAUGUGAAUAGCCCUAACUCUCCUGAUUCCUUGCACUUAAGUCCUGUCUCCAAUCAUGUGGAAUGUAUUAAUGAACCUAGUGACAAGAGCCAGUUUUCUUCGGAGAAUCUAGCAAUUAAGCCUGGCCACAAAGCCUCUCAUCACAGUUCAGACUUUUUACAGAACGAUAAGAGUUGUAAAGAAUUGAAAAUUGCCCGCAGUGAUAAAGCAAGGACUCUCUUUCCUUCCAGGCUUCAUGUAACGGAAAAAAAGCCCACGCAGCGGGUUGAGCCAGGUAGCCACAAGUCAGACCCCUCAAUUGUCAGCUUUGCAAGCCUCCUAAGGAAAAAGCAGCUCCUUAAGAUAGGCAACAUAACAGACAAGCCGUUUCACAAUGUGCAAAAUGUUAAUACAAACCUUCAGAUAAAACACUUCAAAAGAAGGAAGGGUAAGAAACCAAGGUGGACAAAAGUGAUAAACAAAUCAACAAAAGAGACAGAGGAGCGAAGUGUUGUAAAAUCCUACACAAACCAUAAACCUGAACAAUACCUAUCCCAUGUUACAGAAACCGCACUUUCUAAACCAGGCAUCUUCAACACAAGAGAAUCAUCUUCAGUGUUAAAUGUAACUCACAAACAAGCACAGAGACUCUAUGACACCCAUCAGACCUAUACAACAGUUUGUGGCCCUAGAGACCCUGUUGUUGGUCAUAAACCCAACAGAGGGAAGUCUGGUAAUAAGAACAUGCCACAUCUGGAUGGGCCACCCAAAAGAGCUCUAAAAAUCCCAGCUUCUAAAGUUCUGUCCUCCCAAUCAAAAGAAGAUCAGGGGCCUCCAGUCCUUCAGCCAGAAGUGGAAAUUCCCUCUUUGAAACCAAAUGCCUCAACCCAAAUCUUUCCUAGAAAGCGAGGACGGCCGCGGAGGGAAGCUGCCCCACCACUAAUGAAGGCUCCGCCUGUUCUUUCAGUUGCACCUUUUGUUGAUGCUGAUACAGCACACAUAAUGGAUGCUGAAAGUGACAGACCACGAAGUGGUGAUCUAUCAAAAAGCAGAGACCUUCCUCAUUAUAGAGAGGAACCUCACAAGUUCAAUGAAAUUUGCUCAGAACCAGACAGAAAAUCCACCAAGAAAAACAACGGACAAAUUAUGAAAACUAUUAUUAGGAAGAUAAAUAAAAUGAAGACCAUAAAGCGGAAGAAACUGCUAACUCAGAUCUUAUCCAGUGCUGUAGAACAAACAAACAAAGGGAAAGUUCAGUCAAAGCUUCAAGGUACAGCCUCCACCCUUGCAGCUACUUUUAGUACCAAGUUAGGUCAACAAAUAAACGUGAGUAAGAAAGGAACUAUAUACAUUGGAAAGAGAAGAGGCCGGAAACCUAAAGCAGCAUCUGAUUGCAUAAUUAGAAAAAGUUCAUUGAGUGUCACUACAGGCCAGCAAACAGUAAGUCAAGUCACACCAAGUGUAAUAUCUCCAGGGGCAUCCAAUUCAGAGAUUCUGCCUUCCCCUAUUGGUUCUCACUUGUCUGGAACCAGUGGUGCCCAAAGCCCUGUUGGCAGCGAUGCCAGCUUUGUAGAACCAAGCUUGGUGCCAUACUUACACAUGCAUUCCAGACAAGGAAGUUUCCUUCAGACCCUUGCUAUGAGGAAAGCAUCUAAGGACACCAGACAGUUAUCUCCCCCAGCUUUGCUUCCGAAUUCUCCCUCUCACUUAAGUGAAUUGGCAUCACUGAAGGAAGCCACCCCUUCACCUAUUAGUGAAUCACACAGUGAUGAGACUAUCCCAAGUGACAGCGGUAUUGGAACCGAUAACAACAGUACGUCAGACCGUGCCGAAAAGUUUUGUGGCCAGAAAAGGCGGAGGCACUCCUUUGAGCACAUCUCUCUACUGGCUCCAGAAACCUCAACAGUCUUGAGCAGCCUUAAGGAAAAACACAAGCACAAAUGCAAGCACAGGAUUCAUGAUUUCCUUACUUUCGACAAAAUUAAGAGACAAAAGAGAAAACGUAAAAAGAAGUAUCCUCAGUUGCGGAGCCGUCAGGAUCCGGAUUUUCUGGCUGAACUCGAGGAACUUAUAAAUCGUUUGAGUGAAAUCAGAAUAACCCAUCGCAGUCACCAUUACAUCCCGCGGGACUUGCUGCCAACCAUAUUCCGCUUGAACUUCAAUAGUUUUUACAGUCAUCCAGCCUUCCCUUUGGAUCCUUUGCACUACAUCCGGAAACCAGAUUUAAAGAAGAAGAGGGGCAGACCCCCAAAAAUGAGGGAAACAAUGUCAGAAAUGCCUUUUAUGCACAGCCUAGGAUUCCCUCUUUCUGGUACCGGCUUUUAUCCCUCAUAUGGCAUGCCUUACUCUCCCUCGCCUCUCACCGCUGCACCAAUUGGCUUAAGUUAUUAUGGAAGAUAUGCUCCUACCAUUUACCCUCCUCCUCCUUCCCCUUCCUUUACUACCCCGCUGCCACCUCCUUCUUACAUGCAUACAGGUCAUUUGCUCCUGAAUCCUGCAAAGUAUCAUAAGAAAAAACAUAAGCUGCUUCGCCCAGAAGCUUUCCUCACCACCAGCAGGACUCCUCUGCUUUCUGUGAGCACCUAUCCCAGUGUACCUCCAGAAAUGGCGUAUGGCUGGAUGGUGGAGCACAAGCACCGCCACCGGCACAAACACCGCGAGCACCGGUCGUCUGAGCAGACACAGCUCACUAUGGAUCAUCUUUCUGGGGUCGGUCCUUCAAGGACUGUUUUGGAAUCUUUAAAGCGUUACAAAUUUGGGAAGGAUACAAUGAGUGAUCGGUACAAACACAAAGAGAAGCAUCAUUGCCACUUGUCUUGCUCCCACCUAUCCCCUGCUAAAGGAUUAUUAAACAGAGAUGAACAGUGGUCAAGGAGAGAUCAGUCAGAAUCCAGCUCACUGACUCCGUUGCAGAUAGACUGCUCUGACAGCUCCCCAGGCCUUUCACUGGGUGGCUUUACUCCUUGCUCCGAGGCAGCAAGCAGUGACGAACAUACAAACCUUUUUACAAGUGCAAUAGGGAGCUGCCGGGUCAGCAGUUCCCCACAUACCGGCAUGGGACGUAAACUGGUAAACGACAGCCCAAGCUUCUUUACAGACAGCUCCUUAAAUCGGUCCUUGAGGAAGGAGCAACUGCCUCAAAGUGAAAGACCCCGCCAGGGCCUGUCAGGUAGGGCACCCUCUGUGUACCAUUGCCUCAUUUCUAUUCAUGAUGUGUACAAGCUAACAUCUCCAGGACCCUGUCUUGGCAGUUUUUUUUUUUUUUACUUGGCACUUAUUUUAUAUCUUCCUGUCUAAGCUAUGGUUCGAAAAUAGGUGCUGCUCAAAAUGGAACCAAAAUAAAAAGCCCAAUGCCCCGACCUUUAUUAGUUUAGCUGCAGUAAUCUAAGAUUCAUACACAUGUAUCAGAAGAACAUUAUACGCCUUAUCCACUGCAAAGGAAGUGAGCAAUUUGAUCCAACCCCUGUGGCACACAUAGUGUUUAUUGCACCAUAGGGGGUCAACUAUAUAUUAUAAUUAUUGAUUAACCUAAUUCACUCAGUAAAAUUAGAAUUUCACUGGCACACAUUUUCAGGACAAUAAAGAUGUAAAUUAACAUGUUAAAGGUUUGUUUAAAAAAAAAUAUAUAUAUAUAUAAUAAAGCAGAAAUGCAAUAAAUUGUGUUCUAUUAUGUAACACAUCUGGAAUAAUAACUAGAUUUAUACUGUGGGAUAUGUUUAUAUUUAUGGGCUAGCUGAUUAAGAACUUGCUUGCCCCAGUACAGGAGUCAGAGGCCAAGAGCUCUGGUAUGUUGGUACCAGAGCACUCUUAACUCUUUUAUGACACACAAACUUGGUUGUUAUAAUGUGAAGUCCAUUUCUGCCCAAGCCUUGAAGAAUCAGAGGGAGUGUAAGAGUCCUAGUGUUUGUCAUAACUCUAAAAUAAUUAAACCUAAAUUGGGUGGGUGUCUCUUUUAAGGAAGUAGUAUCAGACUAGUGGUAGAUGAAGCUCGCAAGGGAAAGGAUGUACAGUUUUCAGGUUUUUAUUUUCUGUAAUCAUAUUGUUUAACAAGUCAUUUGCAAUGUACCGAAAGAUGCCUUCCGGUUCCCAUGGAUACCCGCUGUUAAAAGGAUAUGUGUAAUAGUGGAAAUAUAUGUAAUCUCGCCCUCACCGACCUCUAUUACAGAUACGUGCUCUAGUUGUUUUGGUUUGUGGGGGAUUGCAGGGGGCAUUCUUGUAGCCCAAUUAAUCACAUGCUAAAAGGCCAGAUUUCUCUGCAAACUUUACAUUUCUAGUUAUAAAUAUCACAACUGCAGAGAGAGGCCUUUUUGAUUUGUGUGAUAACUCUCAUCAGAUCACAGUUUACAAUGUUUCUAUUUUAGUUAUCUUCUUAGUUGACCAGUGAGUCUGCAUUCCACAUUUAAUCCUGUCGGAUAACCUCAAUUUGCAUGUUCCUUCCACUGAAAUAUUCUGCCUAGAGAGAUUGGAAAAAAACAGGUAAAGCUGUGUGUCUCUAGAAAGGAUGUUGGCUUAUACAGGAUGAUUAUUAAAGAUGUGGAGUUAUAGAGUUACUCUUAGCACCUUGACCGCUUUUGCUAUCCAUAACUCCAUAACUCGGUAACUCCAUCUCCAGCAUUGUUGGGAUGUCAUCAGCUAUCCCAAAACUUAAGUUCCAAAGUUCCAUGCACAGAAUGCCAUUCAUUGUCAGCUGGUGCUCUCAGCCAAUGAAUGGCAUCGGCAGCUCUGCAGAAGCCGGAUAUAAAUCACUAAAGUAGCAGUGAGCCUUUGAUCCCGGGCGGACCUUAGUAAAAGCACACACCACUAGUAAUGGGACAAACUGUUGUACAAUUAAUAUGGCCAGGGUAUUUCUAUGUAAUAUUCUGUGGGCCAUGUGCUUCCCCCCAUUAACUCUGCAGGUAGAAACAAUGACCUUCUGCAUAAAUGCUUCACUCAACCAUUGGAGUAAAAUCUGCUCUUUCAAUCAGAUAGUCUGAUAGAGACCAUAUAAUUGGUACAGCAUGGCAUCAUUGAUCUCAGCCAACGAGGGAUGCUGUGUAGCAAUGUGGAGACCAAUGCCGUCAGGGAGAAAAGGAAAACUACCUGUUUAACUGUCUACAGCUAGGGCCCAGGGACAUAGAUGACAACCAUGGCACAAUAGCAUUGGGGAUACGCAUUUGUAUUCCUAAUGUUAUAAUGUUUCUUUAAUGCAGAAUUUAGACUAGAGGAAGCCACAGAUUUAGAGGGUUUUCAUUUUUGUUCCAGUUUGGCUAUUUUUGUCCAAAAUGUUACAUUUCCAUGCCAAAUUCCUAUGUAAUAAAUAAAUCCUGUGGAGUUCGCUGUCUGCAUUGAGACGUUAUGUUAAGCUGGCAAAUGAGUCAACACAUGGAGCCUUUUGUUUGCCAAGAGUUAAUAUUGGUAGAUUCAGGAUAGAUAUGCAGUCUGCUGUCUUUGGAAAUGUGCUAAUACAGUUAUGUUAUGUUUGUUAAUAUAUGCUCACACAGGAAGAUUAACAAUAUUGAGUCUCCUGUCUGUCAAGAGAGAUUAUGUUGGUUACUACAGGAAGAAUGGUAAGUAGGGGGAGUUUGUUUGACUAGUUAUGUCAGUCGAUAUUAGAAUAGUAAACUUCAUUUAUGUUGUGGUUUGGUUUUUUGCUAAUACAACAACAGAAACAAAAACUGUAUGGAAAGAAUAGUAAAGAUACGGAGCCUGCUGUCUGUUUAGAGAAGUUAUGUGGCCUGGUAGAGGAAGAUGGUAACAGAUAACACCUUUUAUCUCACUAGGUUAGCUAGUGCAGGAAGUCUAGAAAGAGUUGGGGUUCUCGGAAUGCCUAGAAAGCUAUGUUUUCCUCUGCAAUAUCUUUGCCGGUUCUCAUACAGUUUGUGCAUGAACUGCAUUAGCACACAGUACUACGUCACCAAAUAAUUGGUCUUGGUUACAAAAUGUCGGCUAAAGUUGCAGACCAUGAUUAAUAAAUUAUUUCUUUUGUAUUUCCAUAUUUGUUACCUAAAUGUUGCAUUUAGAUUUUCAAUUCACUGAAAAAAAGAGAGCAACAGAAGGACAAAAUGCUCAUGGUUUAGAUAUAUUGGUGUCAAAUACUUAGAUUCAAGCUCUAGUGUUUCUGAGUACCGUAACUUGCAGCACAAUCCUGAACCUAAUUACACACUUAUAAUUGGACAUUGAAUCAAUUCUUUGCUAUGGGGGAUUUCAACAUGUUGGAGGACGCCUUCCUGAAAGUCCAGGUCGGCAGCCACUAGAGGCAGUCAUUUUACAUUGCAAUUUCUCUGAAACUGCAUUGUUUUACAUUGCAGGGUUAAAGGACCACUAUAGUGCCAGGAAAGCAUACUCGUUUUCCUGGCACUAUAGUGCCCUGAGGGUGCCCCCACCCUCAGGGUCCCCCUCCUGUCCAGCUCUGGAAGGGGGAAAGGGGUUAAAUCUUACCUUUUUCCAGCGCUGGGCGGGGAGCUCUCCUCCUCCGAUCCUCCUCCUCUCCUCCCCGUCGGCUGAAUGCGCACGCAUUCAGCCGGUCGCAUAGGAAAGCAUUAUCAAUGCUUUCCUAUGGACGUUUGCGUGCUCUCACUGUGAUUUUCACAGUGAGAAGCACGCAAGCGCCUCUAGCGGCUGUCAAUGAGACAGCCGCUAGAGGAUUUGGGGGAAGGCUUAACCCAUUCAUAAACAUAGCAGUUUCUCUGAAACUGCUAUGUUUAUAAAAGAAUGGGUUAACACUAGAAGGACCUGGCACCCAGACCACUUCAUUAAGCUGAAGUGGUCUGGGUGCCUAGAGUGGUCCUUUAAGGGGACAAAGACAUUGCACCCACGCCACUUCAAUGAGAUAAAGUGGUCUGGGUGCCUAUAGAGUCCCUUUUAAGGGGUUAAUUGUAAAAUUAGUUUAGUGACAAUAUGCAAUAUAUGUUAGACAUCUGUCGGUUGGUCAGUGGUUUUAACUGUUAAUUCAUUUCUCUAAUUGAGAGAAAUAGCAGGUCUAAAAUUGGCUGAGAGGUGUUAGCCACUUUUCCUGAUCCCUAGUGAAAUUGCAGAUUUUAAAGGAUAUGGUUAUAAUGCCAGAUAUCUCUAAAGCAGAGUUAACAAUAGCCUUUCCAGCUGUAUUUAAAUGUUGUCCAUUGGCUGAGAAUGUCAACAAAUUAGUUCAACCAAUGAAUUCUGUGCAAAGAAGGGCAAAACUGAUUCUAAAGUGUUAGAGGAACUACUGUUUAUGAAGAAAAUAGAGUUCUAACUGUGUGCAUCCAGAGCACCAUACCAGUUGUCAAACUGUUAGAAAAAAUAGUUUGAAUCCUUAUUGUGUAACUGCACAAGAAAAUUCCUGGUACCAUAACUACAGCAUGCUGUAAUGGUUAUGGUUGUCUCUUAAACGUAAAUUUUUAAAAAAAAUUUUUUUACCUGCAUCUAUUUUAACGCAUUUUGUCCAUAAUGUUUUGCAGUACUGUAGUAACUGCUGCAAAUGAAUCAUAUUUUUCAGAAUAAAUUAAUCAUCCUAUUUGAUGUUAUUACAAUAGUACAUAGUGGUGUCUGAAUUCUAGGGCCAAACCGUAUUAAUUAAAAUGUAAUUUCUCUCGGGUUGUAUAUAUUGUCUUGCAUAAAAAAAUGGUGUCUGCUCUCGCCAAGGAUCCUGGCAUAACCUGUGUGGCUCUCUUACGUUAAAAGAUAACUACAGAUUUAGCAAAGAAAACGAGACCAAAAUCCCAGCUUCUCAUAUCCGAGAGAUCUUGUUUUUGACUUAAAAAAAAACAAGAACAAAAAAUAACCUAAAUUAAAGGUGCGGGUCUCAAUUUCUCAGGCAGGUUUGCAGAGCUACAAAACCAAGCCGGCCCCUAGCGAGACAUUUGCACUGCUCCAGAUGUGAUGACAUAAUGCGUUUGGCAUGUGGCUCCAUUUUCCCUCCGUACGCCAGUUUAGUCCAGCUAGAGGUAACUGUGACUUUGCAGAAGGAAAACACGUCAGGUUAAUGCAGAGAACUAUUAAUAGUUAGAUUGUAAAAGCAUCCUUAUUAUGCAGACACAGACUGUGAAACCUCAACGUUGAAAUAGUGACCUUGAAAGCACAUCACACAGUCCUAAUCAGAGGGACAUUUAGCAAUGAGUUCUCCUGGGACUCACUUUCCAAUUAGACUUAUCAUUCAUAAUGUGCAGCUGGUAUUGUAACCGAGUAAACUUGCAGAAGCCAGACACAGAGAGAUGGAUGCAGGUUUUUAGGAAGUAAGAGGUCUUUAUUAACAUACCGAUCGGGUCUCAGAUGAACGAACGUUCCAAAACAGGUCUGAGGGCCGAACACAUGGAGUACAUGCUUUUUAUAGAACUAUAACUCCUCCCAUUAAUAGCUCCACCCGCACAUACCCAUAACCAAUCAGUGGACAGGAUUUGGAUUUCCUUAUAUGGGCAGACCACAUGGCUUAUCCGAAACAAAGGAGAAAGGAGUGUGAUUUCAGUUCCUGCAUUCCUGCACAUGCUCAGUACAUUGAUGACAGUAUAAAACAUACACAUAUGCCACGUGGAAAUCUCGGCCUACUAAAUUUACAUUUCACCGGAAUUCCAUCACAUUCCCCCCUUUGAUGCCUCUGAUACAAAAUUAUUCCAGAUGCAUUACCAAUCAUAGUUUACCAACACCUCUCAAGUAGCCAUAGACCAGAACAGACCUUGUAAGCAUCUUAGCAUCAUCACAAACUCCUUCAGCAUUCCUCAUCCUGAAUAUGUUCUCUUUGGGCUAGGGAUUCAUAUCUUUAGACAACCAUUACAUGAGCAACGGUCUUUCUUUCUAUAGUACUCUCUAUGAUACUACGUAUAGAUCUGACCACUAAUGGAAUUAGGCAGGGCAGAAAGAGACAUAAGAAUAUAAUGAAUACUACUCCUCCUACUAACGCCUUAAUCCCUCCAAGCUGCUCAUACCAACUUCCAAACCAACUACUAGGAUUAUACCCAUUCCAGACCUGAGUAGGUACAUGCGUCAGUUUAACCAUGUGGCUUGUUAGUUCAGCCACUGCCCGCCCUUCAUCAUCUAUGUACAAACAAAAGUUGCUGAGAUUAAACUUUCCGCAUGCACCUCCCUCUACUGCUAAUAGGUAGUCCGGAGCUAAUCUGUUUUGAUAGAUGGCUGAUCUCAUCUGAGUAUUUUGCUUAGCUAGAAGAUUAAGUGCUUGAGCUGUCUCAUUAGUGAUAAUCUCAACCACCGCCUGUAGUCUUAUAAUACGGUUGAGCAUAUAUAUUGGGGUUCUAUAUCCAUAGGUACCAUCUUCUGCCCAAGUAGCAGGUCCAUAAUAAUUAAUAAUGCGUUGGGGAGGCUACCCAUCAUCUUCCCAGCUACCUAUAUUCAAGGAUGCUCGCUUCUUUUUAUGAUUUACAUCAUAAACCUUAACUCCCAAGGUCUCUUCUGUCUCAAUUGGCAACAAGAAGGAGGAUGGUUUGAGCAUACUUAAUACACAUGCCCCUUCCCAAUCUUGUGGUAACUCUGAAUAUGUUUUUUUACCAAAGAUCCAAUAUAAAUUCGCUGGGGCUUUCCAAUUGGAUGUAGCAGAUAAGUCAAACCAUACCUCUUUUAAAUGGGUAAUUGGGAAACGGAUUAGUAGGCUGUGAGACAUUUGAAGCUGACCACCAAGUAGUAUUUUUAGUAUAGGCAUUAUAGGCUUUCUGUCCUAGACAUAUUAACUCGCCAACAGGUGUGGUAUACAAUGGCCCUUUCCUGGCUAAACAUACAUGACCUAUAAUAGAGGUUUUUAACCACCACUCUGAUUUACCUCUAGUACUUACUUGAUCAUCAGACUGAGAAAGUAUUUGUUGUUCAUCUGUCUCAGAACCAGGGUACCAUACUUCCUUUGCCUCCCAUGGCCACAUGGCCAGCUUCAGUCUUCAACCACUCCAUCUCUUGGGUUGUAUAUAUCGGAGUCCAUUGAGACAGAGGUGCCAGCACAAGGGCAGCAACAUACCCCACAUAUUCCUCUUGCCCGGAUUCAGCGGCAUGUUUUGCUGCACUAUCGGCCAUGCUUUUUCCUUUUACUACAUCACUAUCACAUUUCAGAUGUGCCCUGAAAUGUAUAAUACCAACUUCCUUCGGUUCCCAUUGCGCCUCUAAUAGUUGGAGUAUUUCUGCUGCAUACUUGAUUUCUUUCCCUUCAGAAUUCAACAAUCCCCUUUCUUUAUACAAUGCUCCAUGGGCAUGGGUGGUUAGAAAAGCGUAUUUCGAAUCUGUGUAAAAAUUCACUCUCAACCCUUCAGCUAAUUGCAAGGCCCUUGUUAAUGCAAUCAGUUCCACCUUCUGUGCUGAUGUCCCUUUCGACAGUGGCCGUGCUUCUAUCACCUUGUCUAUGGUUGUUACCGCAUGCCCUGCAUAACGUAUACCUUCUUUCACAUAACUACUACCAUCCGUAUAAUACUGUAUGUCCGGAUUCUGGAUGGGGAAAUCAUGAAGAUCAGGCCUGCUUGAAAACACUUCAUCCAUUAUCUCCAAACAAUCAUGUUGACAAUCAGUAGUCUGGGGCAGAAGGGUAGCUGGAUUCAAAUUAUUAACAGUUUUGAGGUGUACUCUUGGAUUUUCAGAUAACAUAGCUUGAUAUUUGGUCAUUCGACUGUUGCUAAACCAAUGAUUAUCUUUGUAAUCCAAUAGGGUCUGUACUGCAUGGGGUACUCGCACAUAGAGUUCCUGACCCAAUGUGAGCUUGUCCGUUUCUGCUACCAACAUGGCAGCGGCGGCCACUGCUCGCAGACAAUGUGGAAGACCACUGGCCACUGCAGCCAACUGUUUGGACAUAUAAGCUACAGGUCUUUCCCAUGAUCCCAAAUACUGAGUUAAUACUCCCACAGCCAUUCUUCUUUGCUCAUGUACGUACAGAUACAAAGGACGCGUGUGAUCUGGUAGACCUAGGGCUGGGGUACUCGUAAGUGCUUUCUUAACAUCCUCAAAUGCCUUCUGUUGUUCAGAGGUCUACGAAAAGGUGUCCUAUUCUGUGCCUUUCACAGCUUCAUAUAGAGGUUUUGCCAGUAUCGCAUAAUUAGGAAUCCAUAUCCUACAGAAUCCUGCUGCUCCUAAGAAUUCUCGCACUUGUCUUCUAUUCUUAGGUAUAGAUAUCCGACACACUGCUUCUUUUCUUUCAGGUCCCAUUAUUCUUUGACCUUCGGAAAUAUGGAAUCCUAAAUAUUGAACAGUUGACUGGCACAAUUGCGCUUCUUCCUUGAUACCUUGUAUCCUGCUCUCCAUAGAAUGUGAAGCAAAUCAUAAGUUGCAUGUUGGCAUAUCUCGUUAGUAACAGCCGCUAUCAAAAGAUCAUCCAUGUAUUGAAGCAAUACACAUUCUCCUGGGAUGGACUUGAAAUCUUGCAAAUCCUGGCUUAAUGCAGAUCCAAAUAGGGUAGGUGAAUUCUUGAACCCUUGAGGUAGUCUGGUCCAGGUCAUCUGACACUUUGAACCUGUAACAGCAUCUUCCCAUUGGAAAGCAAAGAUACACUGACUCUCAGCAGCAAUCCGAAGGCAAAAGAAAGCAUCCUUAAGGUCUAGAACUGUGAAGUAGGUUGCCCCACCUGGUAUCAAAGCAAGUGGAUUAUAAGGGUUGGGUACAACUGGGUUUAUAUUGACUACUGCAUCAUUAACCGCUCUCAAAUCUUGUACAGGACGAUAUUCAUCUGAUCCUGGUUUCUGAACAGGUAAUAAUGGAGUGUUCCAGGGGGAAGUACAGAAUUUUAGGAUGCCAUACCUUACGAACUUAUCCAAGUAGGUCUGUAUGUUUUUCUUAGCCUUUUGAGGUAUAUGAAACUGGUGUAGGCUCACAGGAUAGGCCCCAAGCUUUAGUUCAAUAUGUAUAGGUGGAAUAUUACAAGCAAGCCCAGGUGGAUUAUUCUCUGCCCAUACUCCUGGAAUGUCAAAUAAAGGUUCAUCAUUCUUAGGGUUUACACUUGUCAUUAUGGAGUAGAAGCGCCAUUCUUCUUCCCUUGGCACCGAUCCAGCCAUUAUGCCUGGUAAUCCAUUAAACCUCAGAGACGUUGAUAGAUUGGGUAGAAAAGUUAUCUGGGCUUGAAGCUUCGAUAAUAGAUCUCGUCCUAGAAGUUGAAUCGGACACUCUGGCAUAUAUAUGAACUGGUGCUUCACCAAAUGGCCUCCCAGAAUGCAAGUGCGACUUUUAAGAACCGGUCUAGCUGCGCUUCUCCCAGUAGCUCCUAUCACAGUUAUAGUUUUUCCUGAAGGCAGAGCCACCAGUUUAGUCACCACGGAAUGUUCAGCACCAGUGUCAAUCAUGAAAGAACUUCUUUCCCCCUAUUGCUACAUCGACCAUAGGCUCCGCUUGACCAAGGGGGAUGGAGCCCGGUCGGUAUCAAUAGUCUUCCAUGAUAGUGUCAGCCAGACCCACAAAAUCUCUAUCCUCUCUAUCUCUUGGUCUCUGAGUUGGUGGAUAAUAUCUAUCUCCUUGAAUACUCCCUCUACUAUUCCCACCGUUCCCUCCAAAACUUCCUCUUCCUCUAUAACUACCACUAUAACCUCCCCGUACUCUUCUCUCUCCUUGUCUAUUAUUUUCAUAAUGCUCUCUCUGUGGACACUCAUUCUUCCAAUGUCCUUCCUCUCUACAAUACGCACAUUGAUUCCUACUUAAAGGUCCCUUACUCAGCCUAUUCUCGACUCCUUUCCCUGUCUUUCUACACUUGUGAUAGCCACCGCUAGCAUAUCUGCCUUCUUCCUCAUUUUACGUUCUUCCUCCCGCUUUAUCUCAGUUUCCCUAUUCAUAUAUACUUUAUUUGCGAUCUCCAUUAGCUGUGAUAUGGACAUCCCUACAAAUCCCUCUAACUAUUUACACAAAGAUUUAGCCUGACCCAAACCACCUAUAUUAGACAGGCUGACUACAGAGCGUCUAAUUUCCAGAUAAGCACCUGCACUCCUUCCCUCCAGAGGGAGGGGGCAAUCCAAUAACCGGUUCCAAAUAUAAAACCCCUUGUGGGCCUACCGCUCUAACGGUAUCAGUCUUACCUCUUCGUUCCUGAACCUAGGCUCACACUCAUUGACAGGGAACCCCGGUACUUACUAUGUAAAGGCCGAUGAUCUCCCGGGCGAAGCAGCCCAAUGGCGCCGAGAUGAAGGGAUGUCCAUGCAGAAGUUCAGGGGUGCUGCCGUAGAGAACGUUGGUAAAAAGUUUACUGUCUCAAAUCUCUGCGCCAGCUUCCGUGUGAUGAGGUUCCCGGACCCAAUGCACCAAAGUUGUAACAGAGUAAACUUGCAGAAGCCAGACACAGAGAGAUUGAUGCAGGUUUUUAGUAAGUAAGAGGUCUUUAUUAACAUACUGAUCGGGUCUCAGAUGAACUAACGUUCCAAAACAGGUCUGAGGGCCGAACACAUGGAGUACAUGCUUUUUAUAGAACUAUAACUCCUCCCAUUAAUAGCUCCACCCACACAUACCCUUAACCAAUAAGUGGACAGGACUUGGAUUUCCUUAUAUGGGCAGACCACAUGGCUCAUCCUAAACAAAGGAGAAAGGAAUGUGAUUUCAGUUCCUGCAUUCCUGCCCAUGCUCAGUACAUUAAUGACAGUAUCUUAGCUACGUGUAACUAACUGAUACAACAUACACAUAUGCCACGUGGAAAUCUCAGCCUACUAAAUUUACAUUUCACCGAAAUUCCAUCACAGUAUAGUCUCCCCCCACCCCCUUGUCUACUUUGUCAUUUGGCAUUAUAAAAGGCCUGUUUUUAGUGCAACAACAUGGUGCUAUAAAAACCUGUUUCUAAAAAUAUUUUGAGGGCAGGUCUUAAAGGCCCUAUGUACACACCCUGAGAUUUAACCAAAUUAACAGCUGGUUGUUUAAUAGAUGAAUAGAGAUUACUAAUAGUUAAAAUAGGGACAGUACUGUUAUCUAUCCAUAUAGAUUUAUACCCUGCGAAAAUGGCAAUCUAGUUAGUGGCCCUGAAUGCUUGCAGUGCUAUUUCUGCCUAGAAAUAAUAAAAUCUGUGACCAACAUUUUUGAAAAGGCGUUACAUGUUGCUUUAUCCACCAGGUCUUAAAAUCUAGUGGAUCUUACCAUGGAAAUCUGGGAAAUGUGUUUGCGGUGGUCUGGUUUGCCUUGCUUUGAUGUUUUUCUUGCAGUGGAGUACAGGCCUUGCAGUAGCUGGUACCCAUGUGGGUUUGAGUUCUGCACACAGCAGUGGUCUAUACUGCAAACCACACGACGGAAACACACAGUGGGUGGAGCAAUAUAAAUAAAUAGUAUAUAUACUUGUAUACUCUCUAUCUUCGUAUGUUAACACCCUAAAAGAGGGAAAGAGAUAUAAUAGUGCCGAUAAACCAGAGUAAAACAGUGAAAUACACUCACAAGGAUAAAGCUAGUUUUUGCACUGGGCUCUAGUGUGUAAUACAUGGAUUCUUAGGGGAAUCCUGAUCCGUCCUCUAUAAGGUGGUUUUAGCGUGCAGAGAGUGCUAAAACGUAAAAAGUUCCAUAGCAUGUUACUGUAUAACCAAUGGUAAAAGGAAUUGCACUCAGUUGUACUGCAAAUCGAGUUGCCUAUCCUGCAGUGGAGUGGUUACUGAACUGUUGUAUAGCGACAUGUGCAAUACAUUGAUGCAAUUAAUAAUACAAUGCAUUGGAUCAUCCGGUAUUAGAACUAGUGCCAUACAGGGGUUUAUUCACCAUAGGAGCAUGAGCAGUGACCACCCCCUUCCCGUUGUGGGAAGGACGCUGUGCAGUGGUCCUACUUGUAGUGACAUUUCUUGAAGUAGACGCAGUGGCUUAUCCACUAGUUAAGUGUCAUGCAUAGCCUUAUCCUGCUGUGGAAUGCCUGCAGUACUGUCCAGUGGCGUGUACUGGACCAGUAUAGACUCUGCAUAUAAGGUCGGUAUCGGGCCAGUAUAGACUCUCCACAUUUGACUCCGUAUUGUACCAUGAUACACUCUCCUUAUAUAACUCAGUAUAUAUUUUUUUUACAUUGUAAGGCUUUAUAUACCAUUGGCAUUCGGUCAAUAUUGGGCUCUACAGCACGCCUCUGCAAUUUGUAAAGUAUAGUAAAAUAUUGCAAUACUAGUGCUGUAUAAACCUCCCAUAACCGCACAGACAUGCCAUUGUAAUCUUUGUAUUACACUAUUAAAUCUCUUUAUAGCAGCCUUGUACCAGCUGUUCAAUCUCAGUCCUGCACCACAAAUUCUUUCUAUAUUAGUUCUAUUAGUAGCAUGUAUAAUCUCUACAAUGCACCACAAACUCUUUCCAUCUUCUUCUACUAGCGGCAAGUUUAAUCUGGGUUAUACCAGCAAAUCAUUACAGUUUGCAAGUUUUACUAAUACAGAGGAAUUUACAGGUACAAUACUGAGAUUAAGCAGUCUGCAGAUCAGAUUAAAAUAGAUUUACCAGUACACCACAGACAUUGCUCAGAUUGCCUGUAAAUUGAAAAGAUUUACUGUUAUAAAACAGACUUUAUGCAGAUUGAUAGUAAGCCUAAUCUGGAAUAUAUAAUAUUAUGAUAUAUAUAUAUAUAUAUAUAUAUAUAUAUAUAUAUAUAUAUAUAUAUUACACUUGUAAAUCUGACCGUAUUUCACUAGCAGCCUGGGUAAGCUUCCAUCCCCAUUAUUAAAUACAUUAUAGCCAUUAUGCAAUAAAACUAAUUACAGAAAUGUAAAUAGAGACUUUAAAAGUAUCAGCUUUUGCUGCAUGCGGCAAGAUUUGUUUGGAGUUUAGUUACUUAGCUGUCACCAAACUAGGAAGUGAUUUAGCAAAUAACCAUAGCUUUCUGUCAAGAAUACACUUAUGUGUACUUGGUUUUUCACACACGACUAAUCCAUUCUGACUUUAUUUUGUUAAAUAAGUCAUGACACGGUGUAAUUUUUAUUAUUUUUUAUAAAGUGCCAACAAAUUCCGCAGCGCUGUACAAUGGGUGGACUAACACACGUAUUUGUAACAAGACGAGUUGGACACACAGGAACAGAGGGGCUGAGGGCCCUGCUCAAUGAGUUUACAUGCUAGAGUGAGUGGGGUAUAGUGACACAAAAGUAGGUUGAUGGGAUAUGUCAUGACAUAUGUAAUAUGUCAUGUGUUGUUCAUGUGAAGUUGUAUUUAUCUAAUUAAGACCUGAUAACGGACAGAUGAUUGCAAUUAUGUCCUGAUAUGUAAAACCAUAGAAUUCAAAGUGUGUGUACUUUCUUUUUCGUGUGACGGUUUUAUCCUUUAUAUAGUAUAGUACCAACAUAUUCAGCAUUGGUUUACAGUUAUACAGUGCGGACAUAUAACACCAGUACUCCUGAUGUUGUAAACUACAUCUCCCCUAAUGCUUUGCCGGCUUUAUAACUACAAGCGCAUUAGGAGAGAUGUAGUCUACAACAUCUGGAGUGCCAAAGGUUGCCUACUCUUGCCUUAAACCAGGGUGUCACAGACAGAAUUAAUUGCUAUCCACGACAAAGGAAAAGGUGUCAGCAUGAAUGUGUUAAUAGCACCAGGCCUCGGGUUACCUUAUCAUUAAUAUCUUCCAGGGCACAAAGCAAUCCGCCGCCACCACCAAUAUGUAAUAUUGGUGUCUAUGGUUACCCCAUACUUUUACAAAAACGUAACAGAGGAUAUAUGAACCAUGUGAGCCAGUGUCCAGGUUUCUAAUAUCAGUCUGUCAAAGCACAGGUCUCUGCCAGUUUGGUAACUUUACAUGUUCUACAGAGACUGCAAUGUGCGUGUUACGUAUAUGAAUUAAUGACGUUAUUGUUUAUUAUAAACUUCCGGUUCUGUAUACACUAAACAUGACAGCUUAUAACAUCCCGCCAGGUUUUAGGUCAUUACCUCCUGUAGUGUAAUUACAACUUGAGCUGUACUGGGUUCAUUGGAUAGUGCCUGAGCCCAUGAACACAGCCAAUAAUUAGGAGCAAGAAAAAUGUAAGUGACGUGUACUCUCAUCCUUAAACAUUGCUUGCUACUCUCAUACACAGUCACUUGCACAUGCUGCGCAUACGCAGCUGUACCUAUUCAUAUACAUACAAUCACACACUUGUGCUUACAUCUGUCAGAAUAUAGACAGCUUUAUGAAUCCCUGCUUCCCAGGACAAUGUGACGUCGUUCUACUUCCCGGUGAUGUGAGCCAGGACUCUGUGUAGGAGUACAUGGGGAACCCUGAAGCUGUUUUUGCCAACAGAGCGCAUAGAAAGUCUGCUUCUUUGCUGCGUAUGGAGGCCAGUCAUGAGAGCUUGUUUGAUUUUCCCCAAUGCCUGUCAGGGAGGCGAAUUCUCAGUCCCUGUUCCCAUAUCUGUGUCGUCAUGGCAACCUAGUCAUUGGAAUUACGGAAACCUGUAAUGAGAAUUUUCAUUUUCAACCUCAGUUUGCUUCAUUCGUAAUAGUUCUGCACAGUAAUGAAAACCGCAAGCAGAUUAAUUUGCUGUUUUUGUAGAUUAAGUAUAUUUAGACUAUAGUUCAACGUUGAAAAGUGAUAGUUGGACAGCUACUCCCAUAAAACACUGCACAUACCUACCAACAGUCCCUUUCCCUGGAUUUCUUGCUUUUGGGGACACAAAAAAAAAACCCCAAAAAAAACAAACGUCCACAAUAAAUGCAGGGCAAGUACAUCAUUAGCGGCACUCCCAUUGUGCAAAGUGUACUCAGGGCAAAGGAAACGCUUCAACAGCAAUAUGUAAGUGGGGUUGGUCAGAGAGAUUUCUUGUCAGCCUGGCUUGUAUGCAUGCUUGCAAACAUGGCAGCAUAAUCCAGGAACAGAUAAUGCCAUGAGCAGCUGUAUGAUUGGGCCAAAUAAGCACACCCUGCAGGUUGGUAUAGAAAGGGAUUAAAGGACCACUAUAGGCACCCAGACCACUUCAGCUCAAUGAAGUGGUUUGUGUGCCAGGUCCCCGUAGUUGUAACCCUGCAGCUGUAAACCUAUUUUUACACUGCAGGGUUAAUCCAGCCUCUAGUGGCUGUCUCCCUGAUGGCCACUAGAGGCCUCUUCCGCGAUUCUCGGUGUGAAAAUCGCAUUGAACUCACGCAGCAUGAGUUCAGAUCUCCAUAGGAAUGCACUCAGUAAUGCUUUUCUAUGGGUGGUUUGAAUGCACGUGCGGCUCUGGCUGCGCAUGCGCAUUCAGCUCCACUUGGGAGCUGACGUCGGCAGGAGGAGGAUAGGUCACCAGCGCGGAGGGAGCCCAACGCUGGGUUAAGGUAAGCGGGAGGGAGGGGACCUGAUAACACUAUAGUGCCAGGAAAACGAAAUUGUUUUCAUGGCACUAUAAUGCCCCUUUAAGCUGUAGGGGCUCUGGUGACUAUAGUGUCUCUUUAAGAAUUGUAUUAAAAAAAAAAAAUAAUUUAUUUAUAUUUAUAUAUAUAUACACACACACACACACACACCAACCAACCAACCAACCAACCAGGCACUCUACCCAUAAAUUGUGUAAUAAUGAUUACAAAAAACACCAGUGUGCUUCUCUGUGUGUAUGUAUAUGUGUGUGUAUGUGUAUAUAUAUAUUUAUAUAUAUAUUUAUAUAUAUGAAAAUGAGAGCACUCACUGGAUUUAACGCAAAUAAUUUGUAUUUAAAUAGUGAACAUACCAAUCAACGUUUCGACCGUCCUGCGAUUAUUUCUCCAUGUGAAAAAAUAGGCAUUUAAUCCAACUGGUCAACGUUUCAGUUCACAACUGUGAACUUUCCUCAGAACACCGUGUCUUUUUAUAGAAUAUAUAUAUAUUAUGAUCCUUGUUUGCAGAUAGCAUGGUCCUCUAGGGUAAACAACAGGCACAGUCCUUUUAUUUUCAUAUAAUCCAGGCACUUUAUUUGUAAGUCCACACAGCAGCAAAUGAAAACAUAAAUAUAACACAAAUCCCUAUAAACAAAAAGCCUAGCUCGCCUGAGCACUUACUAACAUUAGGUUCCCUAUCUCUCAGAGGUUAAACUAGAACAAAACAAUAUUGGUUUCACCAACCUAGUGUCUUUGUCAGCUCUCUGCACUCCAGUGCUUAGUCAGCCUGUUGCUUUCCUUUCUACACUCCCAGUGCUCCAAGCCAGCCUUGACUGCUUCCUUCUGCGCUCCCAGUGCUCAGUCUCCUUCACUCUCUCACUGGAGAGAACAGCCUCUCUCCUACCUGCUUCCAGGGAGGAAGCUAGCAAUCCCCCUUUACCUGCCUAGCAGGGAGGGGUUUAUUCCCACUGCUACAGCUCAUUAUCUGCAGUUGAGCAGUGGGUUGGAGACAGUUCCAAAAAACUCUGGCCUGGACCUUAUUUCUCCCAGUUGUGUAUAAACUGAGGAGUGGAGCAUUGGUCCACCCUGCUCUCCAAUUGCGCCACCCCAGGGGCCCAUAACUAAACAUAGCUUUGUGUUGUACACCACACAUACAACACAUACUUCCCCUGGGGUCAAAUGUUAAAGGCCUCUCUGCCUUCACUUUAUCACAAUAUAUACACACACACACAUAAAAUUUGUUGGUGUUUUGCACUCCUGCUUUCCUCUUGGUUAAAUGCCUGGUGCUCAGCUGCACAGCUGCUCAUUUGAUGUCCUGAUGAAAGUUUGCUGAUGUAAACUGAAACGUUGGCAAGUUCUAUGGAUUAAAACCCUUUUCGUUUUUUUUUUUUACAAGUCCUUGAGUGCUGGCUUCAUUUGGCAGAUUAUAUAUAUAUUGUGUGUUUGCCUGUUUUUUUUUUUUUUUUUGGCCUUAUGAGUGUAUUCGACCAGUAAAUCUUUCAUGUUCAAAUACUUAUCCGCUUGUUUAAUCUCUGUUGCUUCUGUAAAUGUUGUCAUAUUAGUCUUACUAGCAGCUUGGUUUAAAGGACCACUAUAGUGCCAGGAAAACAUACUUGCUUUCCUGGCAUUAUAGCCCGCCGGGCUCUAGGGAGUGGAAGGGGUUAAAUUUACUUUUUUUUUUUUUUCUCCUCCUUGUCAUCGGCUGAAUGCCCAUGCGCGGCAUGAGCCGCGCGCGCAUUCAGCCAGUCCAUAGGAAAGCAUUCUCAAUGCUUUCCAAUGGACGCUGGUGUCUUCUCACUGUGAAAAUCACAGUGAGAAGCGCGGAAGCGCCUCUAGCGGCUGGAUUAUCCCUAUUAUAAACAUAGCAGUUUCUCUGAAACUGCUAUGUUUAUAGAAGAAAUGGUUAAUCCUAGCUGGACCUGGCACCCAGACCACUUCAUUAAUCUGAAGUGGUCUGGGUGCCUAUACUGGUCCUUUAACCUUUGUAUUGCACCUGUAAAUCUCUUUAAAUUGUUCUCUCCAGCCUAGUUUAAUCGCUUGGUAUGAAACAGCAUUGCCACAUUACAAACAGGAUUUCUGUACAGUGCAGACCUAAGUAGGCCCACAGAAAGAAACUUCACGAUAGAUUUUUUUUCAAUUUUAUUUUUUUAAGCUGUCGGUCAGUGUAACAGAUUUCCCCUUUAAAUUUUUGGGGGAUAGCAUUAUGAAUAUGCUAUGGUUAGAAUAGUGAUAGUAAGUAUAAAUGGCAAAUACCCCCACGCGUGCACAUUUUGUUGAUUGUUCUGCUCUUGGCCCAGUAACUCUUGAACAUAGAAGAAAGACUGUAGUCCAUUAUUGGGAACAUUCGUUGUACCAUAAGCACUGUAGUGAUUUAGAGGGCUUAGAGUCUAGUUAGUGCUAUUUAUUUGUCAAACUACUUUGAGCUUUGGGAGGGGAGAUGAACCAAAAGGGCAAGUUAACACAAAGCUCUCUCUAUAGGUCUCAUCUGCACCAUAGCAGUUCUGGUAUCAUCAAAGAGUCUAUAUGAGCAUAUAGCUAGGUGUAUAUACUUGCUGCCUAUUUUUCCCCACCCCUUGACAGGUGUCAUUUUAACAAUAUGAUCAAUGUUAUUCACUUCACCUGCCAGCGGUUUUAUGUUGAGACUGAUCAGUAUAUGUUAAAGCAGGCUGUCUAUAAGUGCACUGACAAUUGUCAACAUGAUUGUUUUUCUCCCAUAAACCUCUAGAUAUUUCGUUAAAUCUCAUUAAUCAAACUUCUCAAUAAGCCCAAUAGCAGCCAAUUAUACAAAGAUGUAAAGUAUUACCCAAUGCACUAUGACCAGUUCAGUGAUAUUAAAGGGGUCAUUGUGCCUUGAAUCUGUAUGUGUGCAGCGUUCUGUGUGAAACGCUGCACAUGCGAAGUUUAACCACUUGGCUGCCGGAGGGUCAACACCUAACCCGGAACAAGAGCUCCCGGUUGGGUAAUGUCAGUUCUGUGCCAAUUUUGUUGCAUAGACACUCCUUGAUUGGAUGAGAAACGGUUAGCGGACGCACUCAGCCAAUGAAUGAGUGGCCGGAUCAGCAUCCAGCUUCAGCAGCUCAGUAGAAGCCUAAUGUUGUAAAUCUGCCUACAGAGGAGAGCCAACCCCCAGCAGGAACAUGUAACUGUUGCAAAAUGGUUUGCCCCAUUACUAGGAACGACUACUACCAUCAUGACGAGACUGUAGUGGUCAUGAUGGUAGGGGUAACACUUUAAUCUCCCUAUUAUUGACACUGUGGCCCGGUUUUCUCCAAGAGCUGGAUGUGUCAAAAUGUGCAUAGUGUUUGCUAGAUCAGCAUGUGCACUCCUCAUGCACAACUUGAGGCGGUUUAGGCAGCAAAAAAUGAAAGGGACACUAUAGUCACCUGAACAACUUUAGCUUAAUGAAGCAGUUUUGGUGUAUAGAACAUGCCCCUGCAGCCUCACUGCUCAAUCCUCUGCCAUUUAGGAGUUAAAUCCCUUUGUUUAUGAACCCUAGUCACACCUCCCUGCAUGUGACUUGCACAGCCUUCCAUAAACACUUCCUGUAAAGAGAGCCCUAUUUAGGCUUUCUUUAUUGCAAGUUCUGUUUAAUUAAGAUUUUCUUAUCCCCUGCUAUGUUAAUAGCUUGCUAGACCCUGCAAGAGCCUCCUGUAUGUGAUUAAAGUUCAAUUUAGAGAUUGAGAUACAAUUAUUUAAGGUAAAUUACAUCUGUUUGAAAGUGAAACCAGUUUUUUUUUUCAUGCAGGCUCUGUCAAUCAUAGCCAGGGGAGGUGUGGCUAGGGCUGCAUAAACAGAAACAAAGUGAUUUAACUCCUAAAUGACAGUGAAUUGAGCAGUGAAAUUGCAGGGGAAUGACCUAUACACUAAAACUGCGUUAUUUAGCUAAAGUAAUUUAGGUGACUAAAGUGUUCCUUGAAGUAAAUCUUUCUUCUUUGACAUCAGUGGAAGAGGGAGGAAGUAUUUUGAUUGAAGUGUUCUUUGAAAAUUGAUUCAGCUGUAAGUCCCUGUCUAAAAUAUAACCAUAGUUCACUUUGCCAACCACGUCAAUGGUUACAUGGUUAGUACUCUUAGUGUUAUAAUAGAAGUGUCAUCUCUAGCUGUGAACAGAUACUUGCUGAAGUGCUUUAUGUUUGAAGUGUGUGUCCUUUUUUUUCAUUUUACAAAAAGUGCUGAUUUAAAUAUAAUUUUACACUUUUAUAAAUUAACCAUGCUAAACCACCUCCCACCACCCCCCAUCGGUCCUGUUAUUUCCUGGUUUGUUUAGCUCUGUGGAGUUAAACCAGGGCUCGACAACUCCCAGGCGCCAUGUUACUAUGGCGACCAGGAAAUUAGUCCUGGUGCUUGGGAUUUGUGAGCCUGCUCAGUCCCCGAGGUGACCAGGGAUGGAGGGGGCGUCCGGCAGGCAAAUGGAGAGCUGAGGGAGGCGGGCUGCUGACUUAUUGCGGUGGCGAGAAGGGAGCUGUAAUCUCCCUGCUUUGCCCCCUCGCUCGCCUUGUAGUGCUGCCGGGAGCCAGGUUAUGACAUCACUCCAGCCCCCAGCUAACUAAACAGUGCUCGUUUGGGAGCAGAGCAUUGAGAUGACAGCAGCCCCACUGGACCCAAGGGAAAGCCUAUCCAUUCCAGCUCUCCAAAGGUAGGUAUUUGUGAGUGUGUCUAUGUGUUUGUGAUUGUGUGUUUGUCUGUGAGUGUCUGUAUGUCUGUGUGUGUCGGUCAGUGAGUAUUUGUUCCCUCCAAUCGCAUGGGAAAGGUGUAUUUACUUACCAUUUCCCCACGCCGUGCUGGGGACACUGCGGCUGGCCCCACCUCUAUGACCUCUUGACGAUCUCAGCCAAUCCAAUGCUUCCCCAUAGGAAAGCAUUGGGAAACUAUUGCGCAUGCACGGCAAAAUUACACUGCACCAAUUUAACUUCUCAUAAAGAUGCAUUGAACUAAUGCAUCCCUAUAGGGAACAUUAUUGUAAAUACUGCACAGUGUGAAGCACUUACCCAGGAAGCACCUCUAGAGGCCGUCUCAAAGCCUGUCGCUAAAGGUAUCACCAGGCAGCAAUGUAAACACUGCCUUUUGUCUGAAAAGUCAGUGUUUACAUUGAAAAGCAUUCAGGGACAGGAUAUAGACUUCUGGUAACUAUAGUGUCCCUUUAAGAAUUAUAUUUGUGGCAUUGAUUUCUCUGGCUCCUAACUUUUUAAGCUGGCUCCUAGAUUCUAAGCAAAUUUGUCAAUCCCUGAGUUAAACGCAAGAGAGAUUGUCCAGAGCACCUGCCGUGCAAAGACAUCUCAUUGAGCUGCAUUGGGAAGUCUGAUUGGACAGCCGCAGAGACAUUUGGGAAGAAGGGGAGGACUUGCAAAGGGUGUGUAUAAGAGAUCUGCAGCUUUUACAAGUUGUUUUUAUAUGUCUCCACAAUGAAAAUGUGCACAAUUAGUGCAUGCAUGUUUUCAUUGGUGAUAUAUGUACUAAAUAGAUUUAUUCGGACAGUUCGGAGUAAGUUUAUUUGGACAGUGGAGUGUCCCUUUAAAAAUGCUGCUUUCGCAUAUCCCUUUAAAGGUACUCGUCAGAGUACUAAGGGGGAGAGCUAAUAAAAGGGGGAAGAGUGGCUUGCAACUUUUAAAGCUGUUUUGUGGUUUUUUUGUACCUUCAAAGAAAACAAGCAGAAAAAAAAUACAUGUUUUAAAAAGAUGCUUUCUUUUGGGAGGUAUAUCCACUAAAUUGUUUUAAAAAUAAAUUUUAGAAAAAAAUGUUCGAGUGUUCCUUUAAUGUAAAUCUGUCAUUACAGGCUUAGUUCAAGUUAUACCUUCUUAAGUAAUGAAUAUAUAAUUAGUCAUAAAGCAAAGUACAGAUUAAUUGUUUGGAGCUGUUGACAAAAUCCUUACCUCCUGUCCUAUGACUGUAAUGCUUUUUGCUGUCAUAGCACCCAUCUUUACAUUCCUCCUCUGCUUGGGAAUGCUAUGCAAUACAGAGCAGACAAUUGUUUAGAAAUGUACAGAAUCAGACCUGCUUGCAAUGGAGAAAGUCACAGCAACUACUGCACAUGGAUUGUUGCUUAACCUCUUAAGGACCAAACUUCUGGCAUAAAAGGGAAUCGUGACAUGUCACACGUCAUGUGUCCUUAAGGGGUUAAAGGAGAGCAGAGGAACUGCCUGUAGCGUUUACCUGCAUUCCCAUGUCAAUCACUUCUUUGCAUACACACCAUGGCAUCAGCAUACCCUGUAUAGAAACUGAUGGACAGUGAGAUUUCUUUAAAAUACCUUAACAUUUGUUUGUAAAUCUGCUUAGAUAUAUAUAUAUAUAUAUAUAUAUAUAUAUAUAUAUAUUUACGUUUUCUUUCAUUUAAUAUAGCAUUGUGUUUGCCAUGACAGGUAUACUUGGAUUUAUUUGUAAAAUGUAAAUGCAGGAGGGGGCAUGAUGGGCAGUGCUCUGCUUUCCCCACUUAAUGGCCUAUCAUGACUGUUAGUGUUUCUGAUGCAGUGUCUCUGUACAGGGAAUCCUAAAUUGCUCCUGUUCUUUUUAUUGAGGUUAUGCUGGUGUGAGGAAGAACAUGCACCUGCACAGUCUACCCUCACUUUUCCCCUAUACAGCAUGUACAUACACUGUUUUUGCCUCAAGUCAUUUCACAGCUUGUGAUAAAAUGGGCACUGAGAUUACAUUCUAAAAUGUGCUUUAUCCUCCACAGCGUCUCAAGAACGGAUUCUCAGACAGCCGGAGAGUUCGAACUGUAGCCCUUCGCGUAGGAGGACAGCAUCAGAAAGCACGGCCUCUUCAGGUACUUAAUAACAAUAUAAGUGUUGGGAGAGGAUUUUAGAAAAUGUCACUGCUGAUUAAAAGUGAAAUCUCUUUCGAGGGUUGCACCUUUUGUUUUUGUUUUUUUUCACUGUGUGGUGGCACUCUUCGCUUUUGUUCGCUCUGUAGAACAGACAUAACUUUUCCCCUCUUCGUUUUUACUUUGUGGAAUUCAUGCUUCUUUAAUUGUGCGCUUUCUAUUUUAAGCAAUUUGUUCUCUGCAGGGCUUGUGUAUAUUCUAAUUAUAGUCCCAGUAAUCCCUAUGCAUAUCUAGGCAGGCAGGGGGCAUAACAUGGGACUUAUUACAGUAGUUUAUGGUGGGGGGGGGGGGGUACAUGCACACUUGUAUUACUGGCUGGCUAUUUGCACUGACUUUUUACAAAUAAGUUAUUACCAACAUUAUUUUAUACACGGUUUAUUAAGCAGUUUCCUAUACAUCGUACACUGACUUUGAAUGUUUUGAGAGCAGUAUGCAGUCUUUGCAACCUCUCUCCUCUUUCUAUGACAUAGGUUUUCAGUCUGUGACAGGGAAUACACCAAUCAGAGGCUUCUCAGUGAGAAGGCUCAGUGCAGCAACCACGUGCUCGUAAACUAUUGCUGCUUUUCAAUGCUUCUCAAUGAGCUGUAGUACAGUCCAUUAAAAAUGAGGGAAGACAGACGUGUUGUAGCUUAGUCUCAGUGACGACUAGGGAGGAUUUUCUGUCCCAAAAAUAAAAGUAGCAGUUUCAUUUAAUAUUGGGUCGAUAACGUACAGGCCCAGUAUUAAAUCUCAGGUUGAUUUUACUUUGGCGCACUCCAAAAGUACUAACAUUUUAUUUUAUACUUUUCCCAUUAAAGGUUCUACUAGAAAACUGUUCCAUCCACCUUUUAUUUUGUAUCUCUAGACUAAAAGAGAUGCUUUGUAGCCUCCAUAAUUGACUGUGAUUUGUAUCUGUGUGACUGUGACAGGGUUUCUAACUGCUUAUUUGUUGGUUGUAGUUCUUGCAGGAAGGCUGGGUUCCUCAGCAGAGGAGUCAAUGGACAAUUUAUUACAGCGUAUGGUACAUGGAGAGAAGCAGGGGAGUAUGGACAAAAACUUAGAAGCAGUCCUUAUCUCUAAUGCCUCUGUUCCAAGAAGCCAAAGCAAGCAGGAUAACUUGCUUAUUCCAGCUGCUGGCACCGACUCCUCAUUUGAUGGCAUGGGCACCCGAAUUCCUCAUCACCUAAAGAGGACUAUGGUCGAAGCCAUGCACAAACAGGCACAUAAUAUGUACAACUUUGACAAAAUCCUAGCAACCAAGAAGAAUUUGGACCAUGUCAAUAAAAUAUUGAAGGCAAAGAAGCUGCAAAGACAGUCGCGUACUGGAAAUAACUUUGUGAAACGGAGGCCUGGGAGACCCAGAAAAUAUCCACUGGAGGCUGUAGUCCCAGUGCAAGCUGCUCAGAUGGUCACUGUUACAAGUGAGCGAGAAAGCUGUAAUGUGAGGCCUGAUACGGUUACUGACGUCAUUGAGGCUGUAGUGCAGAGCAUGAAUAUGGGGGCUGAGCACAACCAAGGCUGGAAGAGGAAGCCAAUAGUUAUCGAGAAAACGACCAAGAAGCGACAGAAAUGUUUGACUGAGGAGGAUCAUGAGAUCAGCACCAGGUAAUUUAUGCAGGACCAGCUUUAUACCACUGAUCAUAUUUAUAUUCCCGCUUUCUGCCCUGCAAAUCAGCUACAAACUUUUUUUUUUUUUUUAUAUUGUGUACAAGCAAUCCUGAAAGAAGGGCAGCAAGGUCUUUUUAAUGAUAUAUAUAUCAAGAUAGCCUGGAAGCCUACAUGUAACUUCAUGACUUGGAGCAGAUAAAGGUAGGAAGUCGCGAGGCAAAGCUACAAAUACAUUCAUGGGAUUUACCAGGUCAUGCUUGGAUAGGCACACUAUGCUCUUCUGAUUGGUAAAGUGAGGAAUACAACAUGGGCUUUUAGAUCGGGCAUAGGCAGGCAAGGUGGAACGGUUUACUUUAUUCAGAUGGCAAAAAAUAUAUAUAUAUUUUCUUGAUUUGCAGCCUUUCAGAGUUUGCUGUGGUUGACGUAACUGCGACUCAGGAGGUGGGCAGGACCAGUGAAGAAUGCUCCCGUGCUCUCCUGCAUCGUGUGUCGCCACUCAUCCCACGAGAGAAGAAAGUUAUCCGUCCUCCAAAGAAGAAAUUCCAGAAAGCUGGACUGUUUUCAGAUGUCUAUAAAACAACAGAGUGAGAGAGGGAUGGAUCUGCAGUUUUGGCAAGAGUGGGGGGGACAAGAUAAUUUUGCCAGAGGUGCUAAGAUGUCUAGGGGAUUGAUUAAGUGAUACUGUGGUGUUGUAUCUUGUCUGACGUGGAGGACAUCUAUGGUGGAAUGGAAGGGUGCAAUCUAGCGUCUGUAACACUGCUAUAUUGUUUGAACCGCUCUAAGAGUAGCAGCGUGUUUUCCCUGAAAAAUGGCAAGCAGUUUUCCAAACCUAUACUGUGUAAAAUGUAUUUCAUUUCACUGCUAGCACAGACAGACUGCAAUGCUGAUUGUUUGAGAGAAAUCUGUGCUUCCAAAUCUGUAACUUUGCUUUAUAUUACCCAUGGAGAAGAGCUUGAAACUGGAACAUGUGUUACAAACACGUUGAGCUAUAUUCUAGAAAUGCACAUUUAGUAAAUAAUUGCUAUAAGCUUAAAAAGUGAGCUACAUCACCAUUCUACAUGGGGAGUAAAAGGUGAACUAUAUCCCAAAUAAAACAAAUAUUUUGUUAAAGAGCUGAGCUAUAUCCCAGAUAUACAGGGUUAGUAUAGAGCUGAGCUAUGUCCCAGAUGUACAAGAUUAGUAUAGAGCUGAGCUAUAUCCCAGAUAUACAGGGUAAGUAUAGAGCUGAGCUAUAUACCAGAUAUACAGGGUUAGUGUAGAGCUGAUCUGUAUCCCAGAUAUAUAGGGUUAGUAUAGAGCUGAGCUAUGUCCCAGAUAUACAGAGUUAGUAUAGAGCUGAGCUAUAUCCCAGAUAUACAGGGUUAGUAUAGAGCUAAGCUAUAUACCAGAUAUACAGUGUUCGUAUUUAGCUAUAGCCUAGAAAUGCAGAGUUAGUAUAGAACUGAGCUAUAUCCCAGAUAUACAGUGUUAGUAUAGAGCUAAGCUAUAUACCGGAUAUACAGGGUUAGUAUAGAGCUGAUCUGUAUCCCAGAUAUACAGAGUUAGUAUAGAGCUGAGCUAUAUCCCAGAUAUACAGGGUUAGUAUAGAGCUAAGCUAUAUACCGGAUAUACAGGGUUAGUAUAGAGCUGAUCUGUAUCCCAGAUAUACAGGGUUAGUAUAGAGCCGAGCUAUAUCCCAGAUAUACAGGGUUCGUAUAGAGCUAAGCUAUAUACCAGAUAUACAGUGUUCGUAUUUAGCUAUAGCCUAGAAAUGCAGAGUUAGUAUAGAACUGAGCUAUAUCCCAGAUAUACAGUUUUCAUAUAGCACCGCGCUAAAUCCCAGAUAUACAGUGUUCAUAUAGCACCGCGCUAAAUCCCAGAUAUACAGUGUUCGUAUAGAGCUGAGCUUUAUCCCAGAUAUACAGGCUUCGUAAAGAGCUGAUCUGUAUCUCAGAUAUACAGUGUUAGUAAAGAGCUGAGCUAGAUCCCAGAUAUACAGGGUUCGUAUAGACCCAAGCUGUAUCCCAGAUAUACAAGGUUUGUUUAUAUAUCGCUAUAUCCCAGAUAUACAGUGUUAGUAUAGAGCUAAGCUAUAUACCAGAUAUACAGUGUUAGUAUAUAGCUAUAUCCUAGAUAUACAGGUUUAGUAUAGAGCCGAGCUAUAUACCAGAUAUACAGGGUUGGUAUAGAAUUAUAUCCUAGAAAUACAGGGUUAGUAUAGAACUAUAUCCUAGAUAUACAUGGUUAGUAUAGAGCCGAGCUAUAUACCAGAUAUACAGGGUUAGUAUAUAACUAUAUCCUAGAUAUACAGGGUUAGUAUAGAGCUAAGCUAUAUCCCAGAUAUACAGAAUUAGUAUAGAGCCGAGCUAUAUACCAGAUAUACAGGGUUAGUAUAGAACUAUAUCCUAGAUAUACAGGGUUAGUAUAGAACUAUAUCCUAGAUAUACAGGGUUAGUAUAGAACUAUAUCCCAGAUAUACAGGGUUAGUAUAGAACUAUAUCCCAGAUAUAGCUGAGUUAUAUCCCAGAUAAACAAGGUUAGUAUAGAGCUAAGCUAUAUCCCAGAUAUACAGGAUUAGUAUAUAGCUUAAUCCAAGAUAAACAGGGUUAGUAUAGAGCUGGCAAAACACACAGAUUGGUGAUUACUGUGUAUAGUGCGCUUACAAAUGUAAUUGAGUUAAAAAUAAGCAGCUACACACUCUAGUGGAUACUCUAUCCCCACUAAUUAUAGUAAUGAACCAAAGUGAGCUUAGUACAAUCUGGAUAUAACGUCCAGACUCUACUAAUCAAAUGAGUGGAGCGCUAAAGGUAUAAACAUACCCUAAAAUAGUGUUAAAUCUCAGAUGUAUAUCAGUACAUAUAAAGGAAACAAAAAAUAAAACACAAUAUAGUGUAAAUCCACAGGUGGUAAUGUAUUUUGGUGAUAAUUCAAGUAGUCAAACUCACAUUGAUCAGAGCCUCAAAGGGACAGGCUCAAAUCACUUGCACAGUAGUGUCGUAUGGAGUCUCCCUUUCUCUCUCCUUUGAGGAAAUCCAUUCCAGGCAAAAGGAUGCAGUGUCUCCAUACGACACUACUGUGCAAGUGAUUUGAGCCUGUCCCUUUGAGGCUCUGAUCAAUGUGAGUUUAACUACUUGAAUUAUCACCAAAAUACAUUACCACCUGUGGAUUUACACUAUAUUGUGUUUUAUUUUUUGUUUCCUUUAUAUGUACUGAUAUACAUCUGAGAUUUAACACUAUUUUAGGGUAUGUUUAUACCUUUAGCGCUCCACUCAUUUGAUUAGUAGAGUCUGGACGUUAUAUCCAGAUUGUACUAAGCUCACUUUGGUUCAUUAGUAUAGAGCCGAGCUAUAUACCAGAUAUACAGGGUUAAUAUAGAACUAUAUCCUAGAUAUACAGGGUAAGUAAAGAGCUGAGCUAUAUCCCAGAUAUACAGAAUUAGUAUAGAACCGAGCUAUAUACCAGAUAUACAGGGUUAAUAUAGAACUAUAUCCUAGAUAUACAGGGUAAGUAAAGAGCUAAGCUAUAUCCCAGAUAUACAGAAUUAGUAUAGAGCCAAGCUAUAUACCAGAUAUACAGAGUUAAUUAUAUAGCUAUAUCCUAGAUAUACAGGGUUAGUAUAGAGCCGAGCUAUAUACCAGAUAUACAGAGUUAAUUAUAUAGCUAUAUCCUAGAUAUACAGGGUUAGUAAAGAGCUGAGCUAUAUCCCAGAUAUACAGAAUUAGUAUAGAGCCAAGCUAUAUACCAGAUAUACAUGGUUAAUAUAUAACUAUAUCCCAGAUAUACAGGGUUAGUAAAGAGCUGAGCUAUGUCCCAGAUAUACAGAAUUAGCAUAGAGCUGAGCUAUAUACCAGAUAUACAGGGUUAAUUAUAUAGCUAUAUCCUAGAUAUACAGGGUUAGUAUAGAGCCGAGCUAUAUCCUAGAUAUACAGGGUUAGUAUAGAGCCAAGCUAUAUCCUAGAUAUACAGGGUUAGUAUAUAACUAUAUCCUAGAUAUACAGGGUUAGUAAAGCGCUGAGCUAUAUUCUAAAUUUAUAUUGGUUGUUUAUUGAGAUGCAUAAUAUUUGACUCCUAACAGCUGUAUUUCUUCCUAUCUUUAGCCCCAAGUGUCGGAUUUUGCAGCUGAAGAAAGAGAAGCUGGAAUACAUCCCUCGAGACCAUGAGUAUGGUCUGCUGCCAGCCCCAAUUCAUAUUGGUGAGUAUGUACAGAGCUUUCUAGGAGUAGCAGAUGGAUACCUUCUAUUACUUCCUUUUAAAUGUUUUGGGGAUACCUCCAUGUCAUCCCAGUCUAAAAUAGGGUGCUUUUGAGGUAUUCAGGUUUGUUAGGAUACCUCUAAGCCCUCCCAGUCUGUCAGGAGAUUGCCCCAAUUCUCUCAGGUCUCAGAGAGUGCCCCUGAUUCCUUUAGGUCUGUCAGAGAAAAGCCUCUUCAUACCAUAAGCUCAUCAGAGGGAUGUAUUUUGACACCUUUCUAUCUAACAGGUGAAUUUUUCUUCACUCCUCUCCAGGCUAGGAGAGCUUUACCCUUCAAACCUUUUCGGGUCUAGCAGAGUGAUGCCUCUCAAUCUUUUUCCAGUGUAGCAGAGUAUUAGACCUCUGUCCGGACGAGCAGAAAGAUUACCCUCUGCCCUUUCCAGGAGAGGGAUUACCCUCCAUUUUUUCCAGGACAAGGAUUACUCUCCAUCUUUCCCAGAACAGGAACUACUCUCUGAACUUUCUUGCAGAGGGAUUAUCCUCGGUCCGGCCUGGCAGAGGUAUUACCCUCGGCCGGCCUGGCAGAGGUAUUACCCUCGGCCGGCCUGUCAGUGAAAUUACCUACCGACCGGCCUGGCUGAGGAUUACCUUCCGACCGGCCUGGCUGGGGAAUUACUUUCCGACCGGCCUGGCUGAGGAAUUGCCUUCCUACCGGCCUGGCUGAGGAAUUGCCUUCCUACCGGCCUGGCUGAGGAAUUGCCUUCCUACCGGCCUGGCUGAGGAAUUGCCUUCCGACCGGCCUGGCUGAGGAAUUGCCUUCCGACCGGCCUGGCUGAGGAAUUGCCUUCCGACCUGCCUGGCAGAGGAAUUGCCCUCGCCACGGUCUAUCAGAGAGAUUACACUCGGUCCUGUCUGGCUCAGGAAUUAUCCUCAGUCCUGUCUGGCAGAGAGAUUAUCCUUGGUCUGGUCUGUCAGAAGAAUGCCUCUUGAUCCCUUCUGAUCUAGUAGUGGGUUAGCCCUGUACACAGGUAGUCAAUUUUAAAGUCUUAGAAUAGGCUCCUCCUUUGUGCACACAAGGAGUCAGUUACUGUUACUGCGCUCUGUACGGAAUAACCCCUCAUGAAUGACUGAGGGGAAGGUUUAUACAGACACUGGAUCCCUGCCAUGACUUGUGAAUGAGGCUUUUGUUUUACACAGUGAGGUCAUCACAGAGAAAGCUAAUUCCCAGCAGAUUGAGCCGUUUCCUGGAACUUGUCAAGAAAUGAAACUCAGAAAAUGUAGACAAACUGUGAGUUAGUUGUAAGAAAAUAUUUUUCCGCUGGAGGCUGAAGUCCUGAUAUUGAGCUCCCGUCUAGGGAGGCAAAGCUUCUUUUACAGAGUGCUUUGCAUUUUGUGGAUUUCUCAGGUUGCCAUUUCAUUAACAAAAUAUAAUCAGGCUGUUAAAGGCGGCAAGGAAACGCGUACUUAGAGAUUGAGCCUUUAAAUGCAUUACAUAUAUUAAAUGAGGCACUUUACACCUGAAGAUAUGUUUUGCUUUCAAUUAAGUAAUAUAUGGAUAGUUCAUACCUAGUCGGCCUGUAUUGUAUCUCUCAGGAUGAGCAAAAUUGUUGGGAGUUAAGGAUGGGUGUCACAUGUCCCAUCAGAAGAUCUACCUCUUCCUUUUGUCAUUCUCACCUCUUUCCUCUAUACCUAUGUUGAGGUGACUAAACUUAGAGGAACACUCCAAGCACCAUAACAGCUCACUCACCAUUAAGUUGUUAUGGUGCAUGUAGGUCCUUAGUGCCAUCUUUCCUUAAGAUGUUAAAUAGUUUACGAACAGUUUAAUCCCAAAGUUACAUAGACUGCAUCAACCAACUCGGCCCCACUUCUUCCAGGAAAGUCAGAGGCUUCAGUGAAGGAGACCUUGGACUGGACCCUUGUGAUAGUAGCUGCUUACGGUCUCAGACUGUAACUAGCUUAUCAUUAGAAAAACUGCGUGUGAAAGGUACUUUGGCAGGCCUCUUAAUAAACUUAAUAAGUGGUUCCCUUAGUUCCUAUAAAUGGAAUCACUUUUCUCCAAUUAUUAUCACGUUCUGUUAAUCAAACAGUAGUAGGAUGUCUUAUUUCUUGGAUCAGGAAGAUGAGGCUUGAAGGUAAUUAGUAGACAGGGAUGUGUUGUGUUAUUAGUCUAGAUCAGGAAGAAGCAGCUUAAUGAUUAUUACUAGAUAGGGAUGAGUUGUGUUGGUAGUCUGGCAGGCCUAUUCAAUUAUUAAGUGAUUUUUUUUAUUUUUUUUUAUAUUAGAGAUUUUGUUGAGUUUUCAUAAAUGGGAAGGAGGUAAAGGGAGAGGGGAUCGGUUAUCGUAUAAUCUUGUACAGCAAAGUGCAACUGUCAGAACUGAUAGGUAUGGCUUGAGGCCAAUAAGAUGCAUACAUAUAUGCUUUGCAAUAAAGAAUACAUACACAUAUGCCUUAAAGUGAAAAUUUUAAUUCUCGUUUUCUCCUGUGUUCCAGGGAAAUAUCUGAGACAGAAACGGAGUGACUUUCAGCUUCCCUAUGAUAUCCUGUGGAGUGGAAACACAAUCAGAGUAAAAUUCAGUUUUUAGUUCUUGAUAUCCUGUGGCAGUGGAAACACAAUCAGGUAAAAUUAGUUUUUAGUUCUUGACCCCUAUUGUUGUUUAGAGCAAUAUCUCACACUUUAUUUUCCUGUCCCACUCACACUGAUUUCACAAUGCUUACAGUGUCAUGACGAACUUAUUCUGAUUAACUUAUUCCACUCAUACAUCUUACACACGCUUCAGAGCCUUUUCCUACUCACACUUAACUCUUAGCUGCUCUAGUAUCACGUCCCAUUCACCCUUUGCUCGUAGCUACACCAGUGUCUUACACUUAUCUUGCAGUCAUUCCACAUUUGCCCCACUCACACCUACGUAAUGGUCACUCCAGUGUUCUAUAGCACUAACUUUCAUAACAUUACAGCAUUCUAUACAAUGCUCAACUUCAACACGCAGUGAUUACAGUGUACUGUACCGUGCACGCUCAUUACAGUGUGCUGUCUCAUUUACUCUCAUCUCACAGCCACUCCACAAUCACAUUCCUUGAUCCUGCCUCAUCCUUUCACACUCAUCCUGACUAAUCUAGACAUCCACCCACCAGCAUUUUUUUGUUUUUUACAUUUGUACAAAACCCGAUCCCUAGAUCUGUUAAAAUUCCCCUCGAAACACUGCCGGAUAAAUGUGUUCCUUUCCUCCAUAGUACAAGUUUCUCUGCUUUGCCCUCUCACUCGCUGCAGGCUUGUGACUCUUAUUUUGAUAACAGGCAGUUAAAGCGCAAUCCUUUUUUAGUAAGGGUCUUCUGGGAAUUCACAUGUACAGCCAGCAGCAGCCACAUUGCUGGUUAGAUUUUUCUUGGCUGCUGACCAAGGGAAUGGAAUUUAUAUUUCACUUAAAAGCUGAACAUCUGAGAGCAUUUUAACAGUUGACUUCUUUCAGUGUUCGUGAAAAUAGCCAAAUAUAGAUUGCCCAUUAAUCUUGGCGGGAAGUGAGAUCUGGUGUUUUCUUCGUAUGAGCUCAUAAUUUUCUAUGUGUACCUGUGUGUAGACAGGACCACCUCUUGUUCCCAGAAAAUAACCCAAAUAUCAUGAUAUUACACAUUGGGUAACGCUGUUAUAUCCAUUGCCCCCUCCUAAAUUAACUUGCAAAUAGCUCCCCUUACAUAGACUCUUGUGCGUUUAUUAGUUAGGCUCAAAAUGACCGCACAACAAAUGUAAAUCACAAUUAAUAUUCUCUCCCUUUUAUUAUUAUUAUUAAUAUUAUUAUGAUGGACUGUAUUGAUAAUACACACAAUAAUGAGCUUGGCCUACUAGGCCAGAAAGUAGCUUGGCCUAUUAGGAGCCUCCUUCUGGACUAGAGAAUCUGUUUAAACUGUUUAACACAGCACUGCAGAGGUUAAGUGUAAGGGAAGGGGAGAGCAGGGGUUUCUGGGAACUGCAAUUUAUGCAUCACUUUUGAAUACUUUUAGGUAAACUACAAUACCAAGAAAGCUUUGGUGUGUUUACCAAUGAUGAUUACUGCUAAUAGUUGGUAGGGAAAGACAGAACGCCAACUAUUCUAUACUAACAGACUAUUGUUUUGAGUUACAUAGGCUGAAAAGAGUCAUGUGUCUAUCAAUUUCAGCCUUUCUCACUUUUUUUUUUGCGAUUUGAUCCAAUAGAAAAAGCAUUUUUUGAAGCACUUACAAUUUUUAAACAAACUAGGGAAAAAAAUCCUUAUUUACCCCAGACGGCAGUCAGAUUUAUCAUUGGAUCAAGAAGCUUUUACCCCACAAUUUAAGAAUGAUAUCCCUGAAUAUUAUGUUAAGUAUGCAAAACAUAAAAAACAUCUGUGCUUAUAUACUCAUUUCUUUGUAGUUGUACAAAAAGCCUGAUGUACCUCUCUACAAGAAAAUCCGUUCAAGUAAGUAAUAUUUAUUUAAAGUCUACAUCUCUUGUUAAAAUCACAAUUACUAUCUAUUUGUUCUGUGUGUCAAGCAACAUCUUCUGUUUUUUCUAUGUCCGAUGUAAUAUCCUCAGUUGUGUAUGCUCUGCCCCAUGUAAUAUCUUCAUUUAAAUAUCCUGUACCCCAGGGCUUAACAAAUUCCAAACGCCAGGUCACCAUGGCGACUAGAAAUUUUGCCCAGGCGCCUGGGAUUUGUCAGUCUUUUACCUAAAGUGCCUAGCUGGGCAAACAAUGGAGACAGCCGGCUGCCCGCCUGCGGGAGCAUGGAGGCAGCCGGCUCAGGGAGCGUUGUAACAGUCUGUAUGCAGGCGGCCGGCUAAGGAAACGCUUUAUAGCCAGCCGCCCUGGGCUGUAUGGAUGCGGCCAGCUCAGGGAGCAGGAAUAUGAUGUCAUUUCCGCCCCGGCAUCACUGCAGACAGUGUGAGGGAGCUGCAGGAGACCCCAGGGAAAGUCCACUCAGCUCUCCCAAAGGUAGGGAUGCUGGGUGGAUUAGAAUUAAAAAUAUAAAUUUGUGAGUGUUCGAGAAAGUGUGUGUGUGCAUAUGUCUGUCAGAGAGUGUGUGUCUGUUUAGGUACCUGCCCCCGUCCGAUCACAUGAUUGGUGUUUUUACUCACCUUUUUUACCACGCCGUGCUGGUUUCGACAUUACUUGUCCCACUUCCAUAGCUGAGAUCUUAAUGAUCUCAGGUAAGCCAAUGCUUUCCCAUAGGAAAGCAUUGGGAGGAUAUUACACAUGUUCUCUAUGGGUAACAUUCAGCGCCUCCAUGCAGAGCACUUACACGACUCUCUAGUGGCCGUCUGAGUAACUGUCACUGGAGGUCUUAGUAGGCAGCAAUGUAAAUGCUGCCUUUUCUAUGAAAAGGCAGCGUUUACAUUGAAAAGGCUACAGGGACAUGCUAUAGGCACCACAACAACUACAUUAAUCUGUAGUGGUUCUGGUGACUAUAAUGUCCUUUAACCCCUUAAGGACCAAACUUCUGGAAUAAAAGGGAAUCAUGACAUGUUAUGUGUCUUUAAGGGGUUAAAAAAAAAAACUGGCUCCUAACUUUUUUUAACUGGCUCCUAGAUUCCAAAAAAUGUAUCAACCCCUGCUGUACCCCAUUUGAAAUUACCUACUUUGUAAUCUCACCCAGUGGAAUAUCCCCUACUAUUUUUCUUCUACCCGUAUAAUGGUCUCUGUUUAAUAUUUUGGAUAAGAUUUUUUAAAUAAUUACCCAUAUAAUAUCCCUGCUUUUUAUUCUCUGCCCAGAUAAUAUCCCUGCUGUUUAUUAUCUACCCGUGUAAUAUCCCUGCUGUUUAUUAUCUACCCAUAUAAUAUCCCUGCUGUUUAUUAUCUACCCAUAUAAUAUACCUGCUGUUUAUUAUCUAACCAUAUAAUAUCCCUGCUGUUUAUUCUCUAUCCAUAUAAUAUCCCUGCUUACUAUUCUCUUCCCAUAUAAUAUUACUGCUUUUUAUUCUCUUCCCAUAUAAUAUCCCUGCUGUUUAUUCUCUACCCAUAUAAUAUCCCUGCUGUUUAUUCUCUACCCAUAUAAUAUCCCUGCUGUUUAUUCUCUAGCCAUAUACUAUCCCUGCUGUGUAUUCUCUUUCCAGAUAAUAUCCCUGCUUACUAUUCUCUAAACAAGUUGUAAAGUUUAAUUAGAAAAUUAACCCCUAGUGGUUGAAUACAGCAGAAAGGAAAUUAAGAGUGCUUUGUAAAACCUGUAACAAAACAAAUCUACAUUAGAGGCAUACAUGUAGCAGCUGUUGAGAUUUAAAGGUAUAUACCUCUUUUGUAAUGGAAUAUUCUCUGGACACUCACAUAUGAGUGAAUCUCCUGAGUAUAGAUACUUAGAAGAAGUAAGGAAUGACCCUUGAUAACAGGCAUAUUAUAAAUAUCAGUAACUGAAUGGCACACUUUAAGAACAUGUAGCAGCAGUGUUUAUCUACUGUGUGUUUUACUUCAGAAUCCCCUGAGAUAUAUAUAUUUUAUAUUUUAGUACAUUUACAAUUUUUAAUUUGUGGUACCUUUUAAAAGGAAUUUUUAGUACUCUAUUUUACGUCAAACAAAUAUUGAUUUGUUGAUUGGAGUAAUAUCCAGAAUAUUCAUCAGUCUUCCUCAUAUGGAAUAGACGAAAUUAUAAAGAAGUGUAUAAAGAAGUUAAAAACACCUAUUGCACUGCAAGGUUCUCGAUUGGUGGUCAAAUAUAUAUUAAGAUUGUUUUUAGGAAUGAAGUCAAAUCUAUACUUGGAUUUAAAUAGCUGUUGUUUAGAAGCUAUCUACACCUUAUCUGGUAACAAGCGUUAUCAUAUCUAAUAGCACAGGUUGCACUUUAAGGAUUUUGAGGCAGUAUAUAUCAUGAUAUUUUUUUCUAAAGGAGGUAUCUUUUAAAUUUAUACUCAACAGCUGAUAUUUGUAAUGUGUUCGCUAGUAAGGGUUACUUCUCCUUCUUUCACGCUCCUAUGUUCAAAGAACACCUCAUACCAAUAGGUGUAUCCCUUCAAAUAUAGACUUGAAUUACUGCUGGAUGUAUCCCUUCAAAUGUAGAUUUACACUGCUGCUACAUGUUCUUAAAGUAUGCCAUUCAGUUACUGAUAUUUAAAAUAUACCUGUUAUCAAGGGUCAUUUCUUACUUCUUCCAUGCAUCUAUACUGAGUAGAUUCACUAAUAUGUGAAUGCCCAGAAUGUUCCAUUACAAAAGGGGUAUAUACGGAUCUAUGUGCUUUAUAUUUUACACAUUAAUCUGGAUCGGAUACAGACUCAGUGAAAAGAUAUCAAUUAGGACAAAGCACAGACCAAAUAGAAGUGUAUUUUUGCAAGGUUCCUACCUAUGUUGUAACCCUUGGAGUCCUGGAGGAUUUAGAAGGGGCCACUUUAUUGGAACCAUUAAAAGAAUACUGUAUACACACUGGGACAAUAUCUUGCUUUGCAUGAACUUUAUGCUGGAUGACAUUUCAUCUAAAUAAGUUCUAUUUAUAUUUUGCUCUCCAAAUUUGAGAAUCAUUUCCAAUUUUGUGCGCUAACUCAUUGUUGUAAGUAUUGAAUUUCUGAGUUUUUAUGGUUAGGGGAAAAUAGAGGAUAGCGGCACAGGGUACAUAUAAAUUAAUGAGAUAAAAUCUUUUAUAUAUAUAUAUAUAUAUAUAUAUAUAUACUUCUUAAGGGAAAGUGCCUCAGAUUAAUAUUUACUAAAAUGUACUGUUUGCUCCAUUUAAUGCCUCUUAAUUAUAGCUCUCUACUCUUAAUAACAUUCCUUUCAUUCAGUUAUCUGCUUGUCUUUCUCCAUUUCUGUGCUUCAUGUAAUUUCACACUUUCUGUUCUCUCUCUAUCCAUAGAUCUCGCAAUCCCAUUAUAAGUCUUUGCAUAUACGUACGAUUCAUAUUAUAUUUGCUUAUUCUCUCUGCUCAUUUAUUAUGCUGCUCUCAGAAUUGUAGCUUACUCAUUUUCUGUAAGUAACAUUGAUUUAUUUUCUUCUUAAGAUGUUUAUGUGGAUGUCAAACCAUUUUCUGGUUAUGAAGCCACCACUUGCAAUUGCAAGAGUCCAGAAGGUGAUGAGGAACGAGGCUGCGUGGAGGAUUGCCUGAACAGGUUAGUUGUAUGCAGCACAGUUUCUUAAAUCUCUUUCACGGACCGCCACAAAUAAGUAAAUACAGUUCCCAUUUUUAUUGCUGAUCCCCUUAGAAUCUUUUUGACUGAUCUUUGAUUCAUAGAAUGUUAAUGGACCUUUACAACCAGUUAGAGAAAUAUUCAAAUACAGAAUUACCGAUUGACCCACGCAUCUUUCUGCUUCCCUCCUAGAAUGAUUUUUGCUGAGUGCUCCCCUAACACCUGCCCAUGUGGGGAACAUUGCGCCAACCAGAGGAUCCAGAGGCACGAGUGGGUGCAGUGCUUAGAACGGUUCCGAGCAGAAGGAAAGGGAUGGGGCAUCCGCACCAAAGAGCCCUUAAAAUCCUCACAGUUUAUUAUUGAAUACCUUGGAGAGGUCGUCAGUGAGCAGGAAUUCAGGUAUCUUCUAAUGGGGUUUCAAGUUCCCUCUAUUGAGUUAGAACAUGUCCACAGGACGCUGCAGCCCCUGCACUUGACAACCUUGUGGUCCCACAGUUUGUACUGUGAUGCUCACAGUUGCAUAUUGGGCUGCUCUUGACUCUUCCAGGUAUGGUUUUGGAUUGGUCUUUUUCAGACCAGUUUGACUCAUUAAUUUCAUUAGGGACGGGUGCCCUUCUGGUUAUAUACUUUAUUUCCACAUGCCUCUCUCAUGGUGCAUUUGGAUUUUAGUACUUCUCGAGCAUAGAGGUUCUCCUGUUAUACGUGAUCCUCCCAUGUCUAACAAAGCACUUGCGUAUAUCAUGACAACUCAUUGGUUAUAACAUUUAUUAGUUCUUUAUCAGUAUUUACUUGUCUUCUCCUCCAAAUCACAAAUUUUAAGACCUUAUGGUACAAAAAGCUGCUCUAUUAUAAGUCCAGGACAUCCAUUUCAGGAACUGGAUGUCUCCUUCUUGGAGCUAUAGACACUACUCUCCAAACUGCUUUGCUAAUACUACUGAGGAUAACACUGUCUAAAUGCCUGUCUUUAUAGCAAAGGAAAUCUCUCUCUUCCUCAAGAUUGUUAAGGCAAGAUGACGAUUUAUAUUGCAGCUGACGGACUUUUGGCAAAUGCUGAGCAAGCUCGGUUAGUCAGAUAAUGCACUAAUUUAUGCUUCAAUGACCUCACAUCUUUGUAGGCCCCAAGUGUGGCAUUACAGCAUUAACGAGACUUGACAAACAUAUUCUUCAGAAACUCUGACCCCAGAUCUAUCGCCUUUGAUGAUCUGGGAAGACCACAAAUGUCUCUUCAGAUUGAGCAGCGAUGAAAAUCAAUAAAAAUAAAAACUGUGUAUGAACAGGGACCAAACGUUAAACUCACUGCGUGGAAAUAAUUCACAGCACUGCCAUUUCACAUUCAUAUAACUGGAACUUCUCCAGUGGGUUUCUCAUUCUUUUCUGAGACUUGUUUUAUUUUCGUUUUAGAAUUAUAAUAUAUAGUUCUGUAAUUUGCAAUCACAAACAGAGGGGAAAGUCUGUAGAGUUUAAACUUGAUCACUAUUUUACCCUUACCAUUGAGAAGACACAGGCCGUACAAUUGCCUAUUAUUAUGGAAGAAUUGUAAUAAUGACUCACUCUUAUCAUAAAGUCAAAGGAGUGAUGAACAAAAGUAAGUUUACGUGGGAGCUCUGUUUAGGGGGUCCACAUCCCACCAGGAACAGCAAAAAAUAGAGGUCCACAGGCGUCACAACAUAGGGUGAAGGCAAAAAAAAAUAUCAAUUGGAGAUCAGAAAGGACAAAAAAAGGACGAUUAAGGCCUCUAGACCAAAACAUUAUAUCUUUUUUUUUUUUUUUUUUUCCUAUCUAAAUAUAUCUUUUUUUUCCAUCACCACAUGUUGUGAUGCCUGUGGACCUGUAUUUUUACUCUGAUCAACAUAAUCAAUACAGUAUGCUGUAGUGGUAAUGUUACCUAGAGUAUCCUGGUGCCGCCCUACAGUUUAAUGUUAAGAUUUUGACUGUCCCUAAGGCAUGCGUAAGGAUUAAUGGUGCCCUUACAUCACCCAUACAAAUAGCACAAGGCAGUGUAACUAUUAGUACCCGUACUAAGUAGUACCACACUUUUCUCAUGGGAGAACAAGAAUAGGUCUCUUCUAAUCAAAUUUAAUGUGUUUUCAACUUUAUUUUCUUUUAUCUGACCUAAAACGGAACACCCAAAAGUCAGAGAUUUGGAAUGUUGUUUUUUUUUUUAUUUAUUAAAGCAAACUUGGUCUAACUUACAGAAAAAUACCAAAAGAGGGAGGUGGUUAUGGAUUCAUAUCUGGUUUUCUGAUUUUUAUUUGCAGAUUUACAAAUGCACAUCUGGAGUUAAGCUGGUACUGUGAUUUUUAUUUCAGCUAAAUUAAAUUCCAGACUGACACAGUCCCCCUUUUAUUUGCAGGAAUAGGAUGAUUGAACAAUAUCACAACCACAAUGAUCACUACUGUCUGAGUCUAGACAGUGGGAUGGUGAUUGACAGCUACCGUAUGGGUAACGAGGCUCGAUUUAUAAACCACAGCUGUGACCCCAACUGCGAAAUGCAGAAAUGGUAAGAAUUUCACGUUGCAUCUCAUAUUCAUCCUACCUGGUCCGCUCUCUUAGCUACACCUUUUUACUUCAUGACCUUACCACUCCUUGUCUGAGUUCUUAUACAACUCCAUUUCAUCUCAACUGUUUGUCCUUUGAACCUCUUUUGUUUCUACACAAUCUCUUAUGUGAACUUUUCUCUAACUUCCUUUCAUCCACUCUAUUUUCAUCCCAUGUCUCUCAUGUAGUUCUUCUGUCUGUGUUCUUUUGUUUGCAAUUUUCGUCUUACAUUUCUGUCUCUUCGUCCCAGUCCUGCUUCUUCCUAUUCCCCAUCUGAGCAUAAUCCUACCUCCUCACAUUCCUCAACUGAGCCUAUUCCUACCUCAUCACAUCCCUCAAUUGAGCCUAAUCCUACCUUAUCACAUUCAUCAACUGAGUCUAAUCCUACUUUAUCACAUUCCUCAACUGAGCCUAAUCCUACCUUAUCACAUUCUCAAUUGAGCCUAAUCCUACCUUAUCACAUUCCUCAACUGAGUCUAAUCCUGCUUUAUCACAUUCCUCAAUUGAGCCUAAUCCUACUUUAUCACAUUCCUCAACUGAGCUUAAUCCUACUUUAUCACAUCCCUCAACUGAGUCUAAUCCUACCUUAUCACAUUCCUCAACUGAGCCUAUUCCUACCUUAUCACAUUCCUCAAUUGAGCCUAAUCCUACUUUAUCACAUCCCUCAACUGAGUCUAAUCCUACCUUAUCACAUUCCUCAACUGAGCCUAAUCCUACUUUAUCACAUUCCUCAACUGAGCCUAAUCCUACUUUAUCACAUCCCUCAACUGAGCCUAAUCCUACUUUAUCACAUCCCUCAAUUGAGCCUAAUCCUACUUUAUCACAUUCCUCAAUUGAGCCUAAUCCUACAUUAUCACAUCCCUCAACUGAUCUUAAUCCUACCUCAUCACAUUACAUACCUACACCUAAUUCUGCCCUGUUCCAUUCUUUACCUGCACCUAAUCCUGAUCAUCCCAUUACUUACUUCAUAGUUGCCAACAUUUGAAAAACAUUUCCAGGAACACUUUGCAUCACAGCUAUAAUUUGGUACCUUAAAAUAUUACCACACCCAGUGCCGCAAAGCUCUGCCCACCAUGUCCGACCCACAUAAUUUAUCUCCGCCUACUUAUAGUACAGAUUAUAGGGUCUACUCAAUAAAGAAAGAAUUACAGGGAAUUGAGAUGGUACUUUUAAAUUUAAGGCCUAAGUAGCAGAGUUGGAAAAAUUCUCCCAUUCAGCUGCACUAUAUCAACCUAAAGUUUGACAUUCCCAUCACAAUUCCAUGCAAUUCUCUCUUUAUUGAGUAGACCUUUAUAACACCAUGCAUCCUUGGUAUGUGAUAUAUAUAUAUUCACAGCACAGCAUCUAUAUCAAGCAGGUACAUUUUAUUACUUGAAGGUGAGUUGGGUAUCACUGACAGUACAAAUAUAGAAAGACUUUGUGCAGAUGUACUUCAGUCAGAGAGUUGUGUCUACACCAUAGAACAUACAUUAGUGCACAAAAAUAAUUAUAUUGGGGAGUGAAUAUAGUAGAAAAAAAAGCUCAAAAUAGGAAAUGAAAGCUAUUAAAGGAGAAUGUACAGAAUGGAAUUAAAGAGAGAAAUGGGAGCAAAAGGAAAACAUAUGCACCCAUUCCAUUAGCCCCUUUUCAUGCCACCAAUUCAACAUGUUAAAUGUCUCAGAUUGAGGCUUCAGUCACCACUCCACUGCCUCUGAUUCUUCUAGUUCCUGGAGUCUGCGAGUAUUAUACAGAGAGCAGCACUAUACAGGGAGCACGGACUAUUCUGGGAUUUUAUACAGACAGACCUGUACUAUACAGAGAGCAGCACUAUACAGGGAGCACUGACUAUUCUGGCAUAUUAUACACACAGACCUGUGUAAUACAGAGAGCAGCACUAUACAGGGAGCACUGACUAUUCUGGGAUAUUAUACACACAGACCUGUAUUAUACAGAGAGCAGCACUAUACAGGGAGCACUGACUAUUCUGGGAUAUUAUACAGAGAGCAGCACUAUACAGAGAGCACUGACUGUACCUGGAUAUUAUGCACACAGACCUGUGUUAUACAGAGAGCAGCACUAUACAGGGAGCACUGACGGUACCAGGAUAUUAUGCACACAGACCUGUAUUAUCAAUAAAUUAUCAAUAAAAUAAGCUUAUAAUUAUUGGUACCUCCAACAAAUGCAAUACAUACAUACAAUACAUAAACACAGACUGCUGGGGUGGAACCUGACCGCUGAUCAGAUCAGACGUGCUUCGUCUGAGCUCCCGCAUCUGAACCUGAAAAUCGGUACUAACAGAGCCACAAGCAGAGACAGACCCACAUCAGAGACCAAAAUACUCUCCAGCCAACAGUGUACGUGGAGAUACCACAUAUGACUCGGCACGGCAUCGCAGGCACCCAAUCUUGAGCUGGGACGAGACGGCUGCUCUCCCUGGUCUCCGACCACCGACUAGCUGUUCCCAAUCCCCCACUUUCCCCUUUGGACUGGUGGGGGUUAUCCCAUUCCCCAUGGGUGACCGCAACUGCUUCCAGCCAGGCCCAAGCACCUACUAAGCGAUAGAACACAGACCGGGCAGUUCACCAUAAGAUGGCCGACACUCUGCAGCCACAUGCUCAGCUCACUGGUGAGUUAAAGCAGACUGCACAGGAGAUAACACUGCAGCGCCUGAUUACAGCACUAGACAGCCUCUGGGAAGAGCCAGAUGUACCGGCUAUAGAAAGCGAGUGGAGGAGAGAAGGGCGGGAAAAGAGCCAGUCCACCCUGGGCACUCCUUAUCAGGCACAUAUACCACAUCACAUGAAGAGCCCACUCGGAAGACCAAAGGGGAGUCAUCCCCGGAGCACCGGCAAGGAGGACCCGAUGCCACAGACGGCGACCCCCUGAAAGGGAAGAACUCGGCUGAUGCCUGAGGCUGUGGGAAGGACCGGCCUGAACUCUGCCCCUUGCUGCCACUCAACCCCCUAAGCCUGCUACCAAGCCGGGGUAUUGGCUGAUUUGGGACUUACACCACAAGUAUGAUAUGCUGGACUGUCGUCCCCCCUCUCCCCUCCUAUAUCAAACAUACCAGCUUUACACGCAGACACACACACGAUCACCUCCAUAGUAAACUCAGAGGCUACCAACAAGUUGUGCACACCCGCAGGUCGUAGCUAAUCCGGCAUAACAGGGCACACGGCAGACACAAGCAAAACCACACAGCUGGCACUACCACACACUGUCUUUGACAGAUGUAAUCACACUGAAGCACCCAGCUCCAUACCGGUCUGGGGAAGUAACUGCCGACCGGCACCACAUACUCACACACCAAGUGCUGGAAACCCGUGGAUUUAUAGCCUAAACACGGAGCUUAAGCUACCAUAACGCAAUCCUGCUCCUAUGCCCCUAGCCUGAAAUACUCAGCAUCUCACUAUAUCUACUAUUGGUAAUCCUUUCCUAGAUCAUAGUGAGCAGAUUGGUCGACAGUACUAGUCUACCGAUAACAGCAUGUUUAAGCAAACACAAGCUCCUAAGUAUCACUCAACGUGAUUUAUGCUUUAUAUUAUAAAAUGGUGCAUGAUUCAACUAAUACCCCAAUUGUAAAACCUGCUAAUGAGUCUGAGGACUGCCGUUGGGUCACCUCUGGCAUGUAUGUAAUGUUCAACUGCACUGCAAAAAAAAAAGACAGACUGCUGAAUACGCUCACACACAGACUGCCGAGUACACACAGGCUGCUGAAUACACACACACAAACACAUGCAGAGUGCUGAAUACAUACAGACUGCUGAAUAUACACACACUGCUGAAUACACACAGGGUACUGCUGUGUGUGUGUUUUGUGUGUGUGUGAUGUUGUGCUUUAUGUCAGUGGUACUGUGUGUGUGUCAGGGGUGCUGUUUCAUGGUGGUGGUGAGUUGUCACAAGCUCACACACACCCACACAGGCACCCCCCAGCACCUCUCCACAGACCCCAGUAGCUGUGUCCUGAAUUCCCUCGGACUGUAACAAGCUGUUACAGUCCAAGGGAAAAUAAUAAAAGCACAUGGCUCUGCAAGUUGCCGGGCCUGUCCCGGUAGAGUGAAUUGCCUGGGACAGACCCCAGCUUGCUUGGACUAUCCCAGCAAAAACGGGACAGUUGGCAACUAUGCUUACUUGUGCCUAAAUGCUGCACUUUUUCUUUUUUCCUAUUUGGGAGGGGAGGGGGAAGAGGAAUCUUUAUUUUAUUUUCAUAAUAGGUCACAAUACAGACAAGAUAUGUUUAGUAUUGUUGUAGAAUGGAAGAGCCUUCAGUGCUCCAACAUCACCAGCACAAUGGGGGAACUUAUUUGGGGUCAGUGAUGCUAAAUACUGCUUUGUUCCUCCCCUGUACUUAUUUUGGUUUUCUCGUCCAAUCUCUUAGACUUUUCAUUAUACUGACUAUCGCCGGGGAGAGGUGCAAUCUCUCUGAUUUUUCUCUCUUAAUUUGUGCACUUCUUUUUUAAAUGUAUUGUUUUUUAAUUUUUUUUUUCUCAGGUCUGUAAAUGGUGUAUACCGCAUUGGGCUAUAUGCAUUGAAGGACAUGCCUGCUGGGACUGAACUGACAUAUGAUUACAACUUCCAUUCAUUCAAUACAGAGAAGCAGGUGAGGGAGUAAUUAUGUGUUGUGACCUCUAGUGAAUAUUUUUGUAUGUGCAUACUUUUGUUGACUUUAGUCAACAGACUAGUUUCCCAUAAAUCAUUUAAAAAAAAAAAAAAAUGUUUUUUAAUAUAUGUGUGUUUAUGUAAAUGUUAAUGUGAACAUCAUGACAUUACAUAAAUAUGUGUAUAGACUGCAUAUAAGCCCCACACAUGAUAAAUAUCAAUAACAGUGUGUACAGCACCUGCAAUAUAGAAAUUACCCUUUUAGUAGCUGGUGCUAUUUACAUGUGUUCUAUGCUUCCCAAAACUUACAGCAACUUUGCAAGUGUGGCUUUGAGAAGUGCCGUGGGAUCAUUGGAGGGAAGAGUCAGCGGAUGAAUGGACUGACAAACAAAGCCAACCAGCUACUUUCUUCUCAUAGAAGACCAGGACGCUCCAAGGAGAAGAGGAAAUCGAAACACAGACUGAAGAAGAGGGUAAGUAAAAUGGAGCACUCUAACUUUGGUCAAAACGCAUUAUGGUAACUAAGCUGGACAGCCUUUAUCAUUCCCUUUAAAGAGCACAACUAGAUAACUGGAUAUUUGAUAACGGCUGUGCUUGACAAAGUUUGAUAUAUUUUUAAUAGUUUCAUUUACUUUGAUUUGUUGGCUUGCUGGGCAAAACAUGUCAAUUACACUCCUGUAGGAUUUUUCCAUUGAUACGUUUAGCCUCAUGGGGCUGCCCAGAACACAGAAGUGCGGCAGAGGUAAGGGUUUUUUUUAUUGUUUUUUUCCUCCACUGCUUAAUUCACCACUGUGUUUCACCAUGCAUUUCCUGCGGUGGCGGGACACGGAAAUGUCUCACUGAGUGAUGGAGAACAAAGAUUUUUUGAAACAUAAAGUUAAGGCCACAGUGCAUUGCAGGCAUACCCUUUUGUGUCUAUUUUAAUGAUUAGUGAAUUGAAUACAAGGUUAAGAGUAGUCUAUUUCUCUGACCCCUGCUGGGCAAUUAACUAGCUGCAUUUUAGGGAUACUGUACACACACAAGAGAACUAAUUUGCAGUGUCUUUGUAUACAGUGCUUUAGCAUAAACUCCAUUCCCACAAUCCAUAAAUCAGUUUAGUUUGCCAGUAUACUGCUCGUCAUCUCAGGUCCCUUAUUUAUGAAUAGAAUGUCUUGCUUUAUACUCAAACAUCUUGUUCUAAUCAAUCAUUAUUGUAUUUGUAUCACAGAGAGGUCACCUGCCUGAGGAUCGUAAUGACACAGUGGGUACCCCAACCAGACUGGGCCCACAACUCCACAUGAAAGCAAUGUCAAAUAGAGAGAGGUACAAAACCAGCUCCUCUUACUCACCAUUAACUGUAGCUCAUACCUUACCUCUGACUUCCAUCUUUCUAAUCCUCCAUCCCGUCGCACUAUUCUUUUUCACCAAUCUUUAACAGCUUUAUUUUGCACGUUGCUCUGUACUUUAUAUCACCUGCACUGACCACUGCUUGAUGCACACUCCCUGUGUAUAUAAACUCUGUCCCUGCUUCAUUUGUUAUAUUAAUUUUAAUCCUACCUGAUCUUCAUUUCCUGAGUUAUGUAUAAUCUUUGAACCACAUGCCUUUUUUUAUAUUAUCUCGUGCUCCCUUAUUGAUUUGCCUUAGACACCCUUACUUCUAUUCGUAUCAAGCUGUCCCUUCUUUUACCUGUCUACCCUGCUUUCCAUUUUGCACUCACCAUGGACUUUCUGCAUUUUUCUCUCACCCUGCUUUACCUCCCCCUUGUGUUAUAUUACCACUCGCCCUAUAAUAUCUUCUCAUUUUUACUUUUCCAGAAAUUUUGUGCUGAAACACCGAGUUUUCCUGGUGAGAAACUGGGAGAAGAUCCGACAAAGACACGAAGAAGGAGUUAAGAAUGACUUACAUCCAGGAUCCCUGUACACCCGCUGGAAUGGCAUCUGCAGGGAUGAUGGCAACAUCAAGUCUGGUGAGAAAUUAUCAUGAACCUAGAGCAGGGCUAGGCAACCUUCUGCACUCCAGACGUUAUGGACUACAUCUACCAUAAGGCUUUUACUGCCAUACACCAAUGCAUCAGGGGAGAGGUAGUCCACAAAAUCUGGAGUACCAAAGGUUGCCUACCCCUGACUUAGCGGGUUAUCCUCAGCUGAACAUAGACCAGCUGCUUAACAACGGCAAAGUAGGUGGAAGGGCAUAUUACUGCACUUAGAGUGGCCACUCUUAAUAUAAAUAGGAAAUAUCAGUGCUAGGAGAACCUAAAUAAUAAGGCCUAGCUAGAACAAACUCAAGGACAAUAACAAAACCAGAAAUCAGAAACAAGACUAGCCGGAUAAAAACCCAACAAGGACUGUAACUGUGCUUUAGAGCCAUGAAACUAAAAUUGGUACUGGUCUAAAGAACAGAUGGAUCUAAAUUGGACCAGGCCCUGACAUCACACCUGCGUCAACUCGUGCAUGCCCUGUGUGGCAAAAAAGAUGCAAAGUUAAAGGACUCAAAAGUAAAUAACAUUUUCCAGUUGUCGCAGCUCAUGUCCUUUAGGAAUAAAAUAGGUUGAAAAAGCAGGAGAAUGUAGCAUGGGUAGCGUUUUCAGAUGGCAAGCUGGAGUGACUGCAGACAUUAAACAUUGUAAGAUUUAAUUGACACAAGUGCUUGAUUUUUCCCCCAAUGUCAUCAUUUGCUGCUUUAAUCUAUGGCUUCUAGGAGCAGGCAUUUCUGUUUGUUAAAGUGAAAUGAUGAAGGCUGUUUGGUAUUGACAUGUAAUGUAAGUCAAUGUUUAUGCAACACUUUACAAUACAUGUUUUCACAGCUUAGUUAAGAGCUUCCAGACUACCUCACCUGCGUCUACUAAUAAAUCAGUAUUUUGAUUACACUGAACAAUGAGAAGUGCUCACUAGAGAAAUAGGCCUUUUGUGUACAUAGAAAAAGUCUUAGAUCUUUGAGUUCAGCUCAUGAAAAACGGGGGCAAAAACAAGUGUUGCAUUUAUAAUUUUGUUCAGUCUAUAUUUUGGUUUUAUAUCUGGUUUUAUCUUCUCCUAAAUUUUGUUUCCUAUUUAAUUUUUUUCAGAUGUGUUUAUGACACAGUUUGCUGCCUUGCAAACCUCCCGCUCAGUCCGCACCAGACGCCUGGCAGCGGCAGAAGAGAACAUCGAGGUAGCAAGGGCAGCUCGUCUGGCACAGAUCUUCAAAGAGAUUUGCGAUGGCAUUAUCUGCUACAAAGGUGUGUGCAGCAAAUCUGUUGAAGGAAGUUUGCUGUCCACAAUGCACAAUGGAGGUUUUCAAACUCUUGAUUUACUGUGAACUAUGAGACUAAGCAGCUGAUGCUCAUUGUGUGUUGUUGUGUUGUACAUUUAAUAUUCUUGGCCUCAUCAAACAUUGAUCCUUGGGAUUUUUUUCCUCUACAGAUUCCUCCAAUCAGAACCUUGCAACACCUCUUCUCAGUCUUCCAGCCAAGAAAAAGUAAGUAAAACUAGAACCAGAGAUAAUUCAGAGCAUUUCCACUUGGGAAGAGGCCGUGAAGUAAGAAGGUCAUUUUCUCCUGGAGGGAAGCUGAGGGGUAACUGAUAGGUGCUUUACAUGUGAAGGAACAGAGUGGUAAUCUUCUUCUAAUGUUUUUUAGGAAUAGUUUAGUGUAAUUGGCAUUAGUGUUCCUUGGGAAGAAACAAGGAGGGUAAUUAGGAUCAAUGUGUCUUAGGAAGAGACAGAGUGUUAAGCAGGGUGAGUGUUUCCUAAGAAGAAUAACAGUGGUAAUGGGUCAAAGCCUCCCUCAAGAACAAGCAGAAGGGUAACUAGGGAACUCUACAACAGAAAGAGACAGAGGGGUAGUUGAGGUAAUCUCUCCAAAAGUGAACUUACACGUGUCUUUUUCAUCUUAAAGAAACCCUUAUUACUAUGAGAAAGUCUCAGACCCACUGGAUUUGCUCACAAUUGAGAAGCAGAUCCUCACUGGAUACUACAAGACUGUGGAAGCCUUUGAUACAGACAUGCUAAAGGUUUUUCGCAAUGCAGAGGUUAGUCUGUCUGGGGAAUUUCUCCUGGUGGUCACCCUGUAUGGCUGUGUUUCAGGAAAUCAACAAAUACCUUUUAAUUUUUUCAGAAAUAUCAUGGCAGGAAGUCUCAGAUCGGUAGAGAUGUUUGCAAACUGCGGAAGGCAUACUAUAACGCCCGGCACGAGUCGUCUGCCCAGAUUGAUGAGAUAGUUGGCGAGACUGCUAGUGAAGCUGACAGCAGUGAGGCUUCACUCUGCGACAAAGAUGGCAACCACGAAAAGGAUGAUGAUAUAAUUAGAUGUAUCUGUGGUCUCUACAAGGAUGAGGGGCUAAUGAUUCAGUGUGAGAAAUGCAUGGUAAGGAUGCCCUAGAAUUUGGGUAUGCUGACAUUAUACUCACUAUUGGCCAGCACUCUGUUAUCUGGAUACAGGGAAUGUCUUUAGUUAGUUUAUGUGAGAGAUUAUGGUGACCUUUAUCAACUGCAUCAUGGAUUUUGCCUUGAAAAAUAGUUUAUGGUUUGAGAACAUAGUUGACUUCUACUGGUAGAACACCAGGCUGCUUUUAUAGUACAGGUUUUAGUGUUUUGGAGUACGAAUUUUACUAAACGGGUCGGGAAAAGUUAUGAUAUUAUUAUGUAAUUGCCAGAGACCUGAUUUUACAGUGUUUGGCUCUUUUGAUUUCACUAUUCAGGGACCCGAUGGGAGAGUCCUCAUUUUACAGUGCAGCCAUCCUAAUAUUCCAUCAGGUUGGGUGAAGCAGUCUGAAACUUUCUGGAUUGGUUAAUAGUCGUUAUAUUAAAGAAUAUGGAGUCCUUAUCUUUAUAGCAGAGUUGAGGGGUGUAAAAGGGACGUCAGAGUUUUGAGUAUACUGACAGUAUUUUGUGCUAUACUUGUGGUAUAUGCUUUAUUUAAGUUUGCCCAUCUAUCCUUGUGUGGAUGAGUUUGGAUAAAGAAGAUGACGGAUUUACCAAGUGACAGCAUAGUAGUAGUUAUUUUACUGUAUGGAUGCAGAGUGGCCUUCGGUGUCUUAGUUUUGGGGCUAAUUAAAUGCAGCGUAACUGCGUGAAUUAAUGACAUAUGGUGUGCUUACUUUUCAGGUUUGGCAGCAUUGUGACUGUAUGGGGGUAACCUCGGAUGUUGAACACUAUCUGUGUGAACAGUGCGACCCUAGGCCUGUGGUUCGGGUACGUGAUUAUCUGGUACAUUUGAUCCAAACACAUCAUGGCAUGAACCUGUUCUGAUAUUUAAUUACAUUGGAUGCAGAUUACACACUUUGAGCCUGUCCUGAUUUUGUGAAAUCUGGUCUUAAGCCUUAUUUCAGAUCCACCUGUGUGAAGCCAGCCUAGAACCCUUGUGGGGCAGGUUAAUAACAUAUAUCUAAAGUUCUCAUAUCUUGGCUAUGUUUUACAGGAGGUCCCCAUGAUUCCCUGCCCUCAUUACGCACAGCCUGGUUUUGUUUACUUCAUCUGUUUGCUGAGAGAUGAACUGUUACUACGUCAAGGUGACUGUAUAUAGAGUUUGUCUAGAUACCCGUGUGUACUGCCAUGUAAAUAAUCUUCAUGUGUUUAUAUUAACCAAUAGCGGUCUAUGCAUUCCAUACUUUAUCCAUACUUUGGUUAAAGUGUGGAGUUAUUAAACCUGUAUGCUGUAUAUUGUUACACUAUUUUUUAUACCCAUACGUGGGAGAAUAAUACUUUUUUAUAUUGGAUCUCUGCUUUGCUGCUUUUUAUCUAUAGCUAUGUGGAUAUUUAGCAGUAAUUGAAUGCAUUUGUGGUUAUUAAACUGUAUCUAUGCUUGUGAGUCUGGAUUUUUAGCUAUAACAAUAUGUGUGUGUGGAUAUUUAGUUAUGAGUAUCUGUAUUCUGCCUACUACAUUGCAGGUUGUACUUUUUUUUUUGUACAGGUGACUGUGUGUACCUGAUGAGGGACAGCCGCAGGACUCCAGACGGACAGCCAGUGCGACAGUCUUAUAGGCUCCUUUCUCACAUAAACCGAGAGAAACUGGACAUCUUCCGUAUUGAGAAGCUGUGGAAAAAUGAAAAGUACUUUUUCUUAAGAUUAAAUAUUAAGUUACUGGUAAAUAAUGCACAAGAAAUUCUUGAUCUAAUAUUGUACUCUGUUUUGGUUUUUUUCUCCCUAGGGGAGAACGUUUUGCAUUUGGCCACCAUUACUUCCGGCCACAUGAGACGCAUCACUCACCCUCUCGUAGGUUUUACCACAAUGAGCUCUUCCGAGUGCCGCUGUAUGAGAUCAUUCCACUGGAAGCUGUGGUUGGCACAUGCUGUGUCUUGGACCUGUAUACUUACUGCAAAGGUGAGCUAUACCUAAAUCAAAAUUCAAGUGAAUUUGCAACUGUUCACCUGUAUAUAGCAAUCUCUUUCUCUGUCUGUUAUGUAGGAAGGCCUAAAGGAGUGAAAGAACAAGAUGUUUAUAUAUGUGAUUAUCGUCUGGAUAAAUCUGCUCACCUUUUCUAUAAAAUUCACCGCAAUCGCUUCCCUAUCUGCACUAAAAGCUAUGCCUUUGACCAUUUCACGAAGAAACUGACCCCAAAAAGGGACUUUUCGGUAAGAAUCAAUGGUACAGCAAGGGAACACCUAGUGCUAAUUAUAAUUUCUCAUCCCUGACCUGAUCAUUGUCUUUUCUCAUUUCACAGCCUCACUAUGUGCCAGACAACUACAAACGUAAUGGUGGUCGGUAAGUGGUUGUAAUUUAUUUUUAUUUAAUUUUUUUAUUUAUUGGAGACUUUGAUUUCCAGGGUUUGUUAAUGUGUAAAUACCACGCUCUUUUUACCAAGAUCGUCCUGGAAAUCUGGACGCUCAAAACCGCCCACUAGGGACCUUCCACCUGAGGAGGACCCUCUCCCUCAAAUGGAUGAUCUAUUGGGAAGUGAAGAGAUGCCGGUCCCUGAGGAGGCAGAUCCUGAUACCACCAACCUGGAGGUGCAGGAAACUCCAGUGGAAGAACAUAGCCCCCUUCCCCACCACGCAUGCUCUCCUCAAAUCAGACAACAGGCGCAAAGAGAGAAACUUAACCAGAUCCUUCUCAGGCUUCUUGAAAAGCUCCCUGGGAAAAAUGGUGAGUCCCCAAGGCAGGGGAUGCAUAUUUGUUAUCUAGCGUGACUGAAUAGUGCCAAGAUAAAAAUGUGUUCUUGCAAUUGUCAUUAUUGAUCACUAUUGUGUUAUUUGGUUCUCCCAAUCACAUGGCUAGUUACAGAGUUUUGCGUUAAGACUUUUGAAUACAUUUAUUAAGGAAUUUGUGCAUUCUCCCUAGGUAUCACUUGAAAUACAAUCUUAGUCCCCACAGCAGGUAAAAAUUGAGAUGGACAAAUUGCUGUUAAUUUUGUAGAUAACAGAGCUUCUUGAACCUGUAUUCAGUGGGGUGGUUGCAACGUGCAUGCUCACUCCUGAUGCAUUGUGGGUAGCAUGCAUGCUCACGAUUUCUUACACAGCAGAGAGGAAGUUUUCGUAUUUACAUGGAAACCAGCAAUACAUUGGUCAUGUAGUGUAAAUAGUAAUGCAGUAGUAAAUGAUGUUUUCAUGUCUGUUUUGGUCUCCCAGCUAUUGAUGUGACAUAUCUCCUGGAGGAGGGCCCAUGCAGGAAGCUGCGGCGACGCACCCUUACACUUCCAGAGUGCAUCUUUAAGAAGUGA